GGUGGGCGUGUCUUGGAAACUCCGCUCAGCCAAUGGAAGCGAAGCCGACACGAGAGCUCGAACGCUGUUCUUUUAAUAGGAGGCAGGUCGAGAGAGCAGUUUUCGGAGGCGGCGAGGAUGGGCUGGGCAGAGUAGCAAAGAAGAGAAUAAAGUAGAAAGGGGGAAAAAAUAACCCCCCUCUUGAGAUCCUUAGGAAAGAAAAAGUAGAGAAGAAACCCGGAGUUAAGCAGCUGUGAUCUUGACCCAUCAGCUGCCGCAUCCGGAUCUGGCGAAUAUAUAAACAACCCAAACUUCUGGCGAUGUUUUACGAUGCAGGAGAAAGCUCGGCUGCUAAAGAAGGAUGAGGAGCGAAAUUGAGCAGCCUCGUUCCGCCAAGUAAGGAAACGGACCAGAUUGCUGUUGAUAAAGCGGACUAGGCUGGUCUCGGGUAGGGGACACCACUGGGUGUCCCCUUUCCCAGCCACGAUGAGCCUUUGAGGGUUUCAAGCCAACCCUCGGGACUUUCCCCCCCUUCCCUGCUUACUUACCUACCUACCUUCCUCCUCCUCCUCCUCCUCAGCCCUCCUCCUCUUUUUUCCUCUGCUGCCAACUCCCUCCCGCUCUCCCCCACCCCACCCCGUCAGCCUUUCUUCAAUGGGCGCUUUGGAUUCCCUCGCCGGAGGAAGCGCCAACCCGACCGCCGCUGCCCUCACCAUGCUGAACGGGGCAGAGAGCCAAAGUUUCGCCAAGGAGCCGCCAGACCUCCAGGGAGCGGCGACCAAAGACCCCGCCGAGCUGAAGAUCGGCGUCCCGCAGGAGCGCUUCUACUACCCGGAGCCCCACAUGCAAGAAGGCGGUUGCAACUUAGGGCUGACCUACGGCGCACAGAUGGUGCAGGGAGGAGGCGGCGGCUUUGGGGUGAGCAGCCCGGCCCCAUCGGGCAGGUUUCUAGGGCCGGCCGUGAACAACUGCUCCUCUUACAGACCUCCGCCUCCUCCUCCUCCCCCGGUUCCUGCUCCUUCUUCGGCUGCCCCUGUGGGGAAUCCCGGCUUCUCGGUGUCCGCGGCCGAGAUCUACCCAAGCGCCGGGGACCUGUAUCCCAGCGCGCCCGGGGGAGAAGGCUGCUACUCGGCCGCCGUCCAGCACAUGUUCCCGCGCGGGCCUCUCUACCAAGUGCCGGGCUACCAAGUCUCCGGGAAGAUCCAGGUCGUGCUCAACAACUAUCCUCUCUGGGCCAAGUUCCACAAGCACCAGACGGAAAUGAUCAUCACGAAGCAGGGCAGGUGAGCAGCAACGCGCGAUCGGCCUGGAGGGCGCACGAGGUGGCGCGGGGUGGGCUGGCCGGCGGGAAGCGGGAGGCAGGGAUUUCAGUGGAGAGCAAAGACAGAAGGAAUGUGCGGAUCUGGGGGGUCGAAGCGUGAUCCCAAUGGAAGGAGAGGUGGGAAGCGCCGAGGGAUCCCGCUGCGCGCCAAGAACUUCUGGAGCGCGCCGGGAAGAGGAUCUUGGGGAGGUUGGCAAGGGUGGGCCCGGCAGGGAAUAUUCCCGGGUCAGGCGCGUAAUUGGGGCAAAUAUGUCCGCUGGGAGACCGGCUGUUGGCUUUUGGACUGCGCCGCGGAGGACAUAAACAACCCUAAAGUCUUGCCAGGGAGGGAGAGAGAAGCGCCUAAGGGCGUGCGGCUGAAGCAGGUACGCUCGAGGUGCGGCUAGCAGCGCGCAUUGUUUUGCUUUUAUUUCUUACCUUUAUACUCCAGCCGCAUAAGAAGAGUUCUCUGGGUGGCUCACAAAAGCGCGCGCGCGCGCGAAACUACAGUAUAAAGCAGCAAUGGAACAAAUUAAUCGAAAACCAAAAGCCGAUUAAAACGCAGUUCACCUGUUCCUUGAAUUUGCCAGGUUCCCCAAGCAUCAGAGCUACAAUCCCCAGAACUACAGUUCCCAGGAUUCUUUGUGUGUGUAGUGGGGGUGUACCUUAAAUGUAUAAACACCCGCUGACUGUCACAGGCCCCGCUCUGGAAUGCCUUAUUCCUAACGUGCGAAUGGGAAACCCGUGUUUCUUAGUGGUGUGACGGGAAGCCCCCGGCCCUCGGCCUUCUCUCCCGCUCACGUUCACAUGGCUGAGGGGCAGCAUGGAGAAUGCGAGUCGUGGGUGUGAAGGCGGUGAAGGGAAAGUGAGCUUCGUCUCUUUAAUAACUUGGAGCUGGUUGUCCUUCAUAAGAGGUAAGAGCAAAAAAACAGAAGGCCAAAAGCGUGGCUGGGCUACUGGGAUUGCAUUUGCGUCCAAAUUUGUGAAGAAGCAAAUGCAAGUCAGUUUUACCUCAGUGCUGUGACUAGUGACAGGGCUGGGCUAAGAUAUUUUGCAAGAUGGCAGCGCCCCUCGAAACCUACCGGACUGGUAACUGACUCUUUAACACUAGUGAUGAUGGGACAGUGUUCUCCUUGUGCCUGAAGAAAGCAGGCUACGUGCUAUAUUACACAUUUCAUAUCUCCAGGCAACUCACUGUGGCUUUCCUCUGCAUUUCAGCAUCUACUAACUGAGGCAUCCGCCUCCCUCUGCCUAAUGGUAGAGCCAGCUUUGACUUUAAACUACUUAAACUUUGCAAUAUGUUUGGAGAAUAUGACUGAGGCACAGCAGUUGUUGGCAUAGUGUGCUUUUAAAUUAUUUUUAAAUGGUGUAAAAGGGACCUGAAAAAGGAAAACUAGGUUCUAGUUCAAUGAAGAUUUAGUUCUCUGCUGAAUCUAGUUCUCCUUUCAUGUUUUAGGCCUUUUAACAACAAGCAAAACUUUGUAGAUCUCUUUCCCCAUCAGUACCAACAAAACCUCCCCUCUAAAAAAUGAAUGCAAAAGCUUCAUCACUUGGAAUAUACAUUCAGGGUUGAGUUUGUGUCUUUGUUUUAAAUGACUUUCUUGUGCUUUCUAGUCCUCCAACAUCAGGAUGCAAUUUUUUAUUAGAUUAACUGGUAGGUUAAUGCACCAAGGUUUUUAAGGUAGUUGAUUCUGAUAGCUAAGUUAAGUCUGAGUUAUGGACUUCUCUCCCUUUCAGGUGUCAUUUCUCCCUUUUAGCAAAAAGUGGAGGCCAAUUUCAAGGGUGUGGUUAAGUCUUAAAGGUACAUUUGUUUAUGUAUUUAUUUGUAAGGCUAUUUUGGCUUUGGUAUGUUACCAUAAGGAGGAAUUAUAAUAUUAACAAUAUAGUAACUUGUGUUUUUUUAAUUUUGAGCUACCCUGCACUUCCUUCAAUAUUAUUAUUGUUUUUUUAAAAAAUGAGAGCCUGGUAAUAUGGACAUAAAUACAAUCCGUUUACAACUAAAUGCAAUCCUGUGCCUACUCAGAAGUAAGUCCUCACAAGAUUCAAUUAGAUGUGCAUAGGAUUGUAUACACACUUACCUGAGAGUAAGUUCCAUUUAACUCUGUGAGGCUGAUGUCUGAGUAUACAUGUACAGACUCACUCUGUAAAUGAGCUAUAAGGCAGGUGAUUAAUCGAUUGAAAAUUCUUUAAUGGGUUGACGGCUCUAUUUUGAUAGGGUUCUCGAAAUAGGUUUCUAGUACCGCUUAUGAAAACAUGCUAGGCCAGAGAUGGUUAGUGCCUGUCUUUUUAGAGGCAACUUAAUUUUCCAUACAACCUGCACUGGACACAUGUGUGCACACUAACAAAUUUUACUCCUGAAACUGAUGCGCUUAUGAAUGACCAAGCCCCUUUAAAAGUGUUGUCAAGCCAGGAGGGCAUCCCUUUUCCCCUGAGGUCAGGCACAGCAUUGUAAAUACAGAGGCCUAUAUAUACAGUGGUACCUUGGGUUACAGACACUUCCAGAAAUAGUACCUCGGGUUAAGAACUUUACUUCAGGAUGAGAACAGAAAUCGCACGGCGGCAGCGGGACACCCCAUUAGCUAAAGUGGUACCUCAGGUUAAGAACGGACCUCCAGAACAAAUUAAGUUCUUAACCCGAGGUACCACUGUACAUACUACAUACAAAAUCUAAAGAAGAAAUGUAACGUUAGAAUGUUGAAUGUCUGUUUUCUACAGCUUGGAAGGAAAGCUUUUGCUCUGAAAGUGAAAACUUGACUUCAAUUUGACAGAGGCAUGACGUGGACCCAUCUGGACUAUAGUCUGCCAGUUACCCAUCCCCGGCCUAAUCUGAAGAGAAGGGGAAAAAAGACUAGGUUGCUCAUUGCUGUGUGCAAUUUGUUCAAGUUAUUUAUUCAUUUAUUUUUAUUUCUCAUGAUUUAUAUACCAUUUGAUGGUAAUAAAACCUCAAAAUGGUUUAAGAAAAGAACAAAACACUUAAAAUUAUAAGUCUAAAACCAUUAAAAACACCUAUUUAAAAUAUUUUAAAAAGUAAAAUCUGUAAGAAACUAAAGAACCAGAUUGAAACAUAUGUCUAGAUAGGCUCGCCUGCCUGAACAAAAAUGCUUUCAGCGGGCACCAAAAACAGUAUAUUGAAGGUGCCUUCCUUAUGUCGAUGCACAGGGAGUUCCAAAGAUUAAUUUCUUGCAAAUGCAGAACUAGUAUCAGUUCCACAGAUUGAAGUGAUUAAGUAGGCAUAUAUGAGGUAAAGCAACCUUGCAAGUAAACCGAUCCCAAGGUUUUCUUUUUGAGCAAUGGGGGACUUUGGUCUUUCAAAAUUAUACAGUGCAAAAAUUGUGCACCAACCACCACCUGCCACCUCUAAGUCACUGUUGUGGUGCCCUCUUGGCUCUGCACCCAGUGCAGGUGAACCGGUGGUGCUCACCUAAAUCUGCCUCUGUUGUGAGGUUUAUAACCUGCCCUUCAUUCCAAAAUGCUCAGUGAAGCUUAUGUGGCAUGCAGAUAUUUCAAGCAAGCAUGAAAAGGACGGAGAGGGUUGGUAUGUGAGUGGGCAGAGUUGGCCCAGGUCUAUAAGUCAUCAAAUCCUAGUUUGCAUCUUUCAGACUUCUGUUUUCCUCACUUGGCAUGAAAAAUAUCAUAACGACUCUUACGGUGUUUGUGGGCACUGAUUUAUCCAUGCAAGAGAGCCUUUUUAAAACCUGGAUAAAUGUGUGCUACUAGCCAAUAUGGAUCUUAAGAGAGCCCCAUCCCCAUUUCAGAGCUAGGAAAUGCAAAGGGCAAACUGAAUGUCAUGUGUGAAUACACCAUCUGGCUUUGCAAGAUGCAGACAGAGCAGUGGUAAAAAUUCAGCUCUCAUGAGCCUCACUGAUGGUACAAAGAAGGGGAUACAGAUAUUGUUAAUAAAGGAAAUUAGUGUGUUUGUGACAAUUUUCUCUGUGCUCACUCUGUUACACACAGAGAGGGCGGGGGAGAAAUUAACUUGAUUUGUUCUAGAGUUCAAACUUUGCAUCUGCUUUCAACAGGGAUGGCUGAAUCUGUCAAUUUUGAUUUCUCUGCAUUUCUCAUUUCCCCAGUCUUAAUUUCAGUUUAGUUUCUGCAACAGUUUGCAACUUAUUUUCUUUUUUUAAGUGAGGUGCAUUUUCAUGCACAUUUCUGUGCCUUCUUUCCCCUAAUGUUCAUGUGUUUUUUUAAAAAAUAUUUUGAGCAGAAAAUUUUUUUGGAGAAGCGAGCUCUUUGAAGGAUCGUUGCUUUUCUGUUUGCAAACUGGUUCAGAAACUGCGAGUUAGGCAGGUUCAUGUGGAAAUGGGAAACCAAACUAAUUUGUCUCCUCGCCCUUGGUUUUCAAUGUCUAAAUCUAUGGAUGUAAAAAGGCAAGAAUAAAGUGCCUUUUUAGAGCUUGCUUCUAUCCAUGCUGAUUAACUACAGGUCACACAUUUCAAGGUUUGGAGUGAAGGACUUCUCAGUGUUGAUGUGCCCUUUUCCUAGAAAUUAAGCAGAAAACACACACACACACACACACACACACACACUUUUAUAAUCUCUCACCUUUCCUCAUUUCUCCUCCAGGCUGUUCACUGUCAGGUCUGCGAAUCCUCUUUAUUAACCACCAUUGUGGCUCCACAACUUCUCCCCCCCCCCCCGCAACCUCCUUUUAUUUUCCACUUUCCUCUUUUCAGUAUAUCUGUGGAUAUGCUGGUAGGGUGAUUAGGCAUUUUCAACCAAGUUGGAAAUCCCCAGGCACCAGCUCUGUAGUGGAGGGGGGGGGGCAGCGCCAUACAAACAUAAUCGCCAGAGUUUCCCCCUGUUGCAACCUGGCCUGGGGGGCGGUUUGCAGGUGGGGUGUGUGUGCAGAGAAGAGCUGUUCUUUCCACCCUUCCACUGAGCUGUCCACAGACACGCACUCACACCCCUGUUUGUGGAAGGGAUUGCUUUAAGUCAGAGGGAGGGGGGGAAUUAGGAAAAAAAGAAUUGAAAGGCUGCGAAGGUUCAUAGAUAGGCAAGGUCCCCAGGCAGUAGAUGAUAUGGGUCACAGCCACAGAGGCUGCGGCAGACACCAAAAUCCUUUCCUCCUCUUCCAGCCUAUUGAAUGUUGGGCCUUUUAAAGCCACACUCCAUGCAAUAGGAUCAGAUGGAAGCUGAGUUCGGUUGAGCAAAGGGCUAACAAGAUUCAAGUUUUGAGAUGUGGGGCUGACUCACACUUCACAUUUUGUACUGGGACGGUGCAAACGGCAUUCGCAAAUGCACAAAGACUGAAGGGCAGGAAAACGUAAAAGUCGAAACGUGUCCCUUUAAAAAUAAUCAGAAAUGCAGGCACUGUCCUUUUUGAUCUGUUGCUUCCAAAGGUUUUUAAAUAACAUGCCCCCUCCCCAAAUAAUUCACAGGGGUGCUUCCUUGGUAAAAGGUGCAUGCUCGUCUUCUGUAUCCACCCAAGUGCAAAAUGUAAAAACUGGGUUUUUUUAAUUAUUCGUUGUGGUUGUUUCAAUAAAUAUAUUGUGCUUUACAUACAUGUAUUUUUAAUCUUUGUUGGAAGCUGCCCAGAGUGGCUGGGGAAACCCAGCCAGAUGGGUGGGGUACAAAUAAUAAAUUAUUAUUAUUAUUAUUAUUAUUAUUAUUAUUUAUUAUUAUUACAUACAGCAAAAAUAGGCAGGUCCCUGGUCCCAGGGAACUUGCAGUCUUAGGCCUAUUGUCACUGAGGUGGUAAAUCAGGACAGCAUAGUACAAGGUUUCCCAAACUUGGGGGUCUUCUGCUGUUUUUGGACUACAACUCCCAUCAUCCCUAGCUAGCAGGACCAGUGGUCAGGGAUGAUGGGAACUGUAGUCCAAAAACAACUGGAGAACCAAGUUUGGGAAACCCUGGUAUAGAAUCAUAGAAUGAUAGAAUUGUAAGUGACGCAUUUUCAGGCUCCGGGUGGAGAGCUCACACGACAAACGCACAUAUAAUGCCAAAAUUACCUGCAUAUAGAAAUCUAGCAUAUUUGGGAGAAGGUAUGACUAGAACUCUUCUCCCUGAUAGGCUACAUUUGUAUGUAAAGUGAACGUUUUGAGGUCAGACCUCACAUUUGAAGUCUGAAGUGGUCUAGUCCAGACGCAGGUUUACUUUUUCAUUGAGGGCAAAGAGAGACGUGAUGUGGGACAUCUGUGACUGAGGCCAAAUUCACACCAUACGAUUUAAACACUGUGGUACCACUUUAAAGAGGCAUGGCUCCCCCCCCCCAAAUAAUUAUGGAAGCUAUAGUUUGUUAAUGGUGCUGAGAGUUGUUAGGAGACACCCCCUCCCCCAAUUCCUCUCACAGAGCUCCAGUUCCCAGAAUUCCCUGGGAAGACCUAUUGAUAAAACCACUAUUGAUAGUUAAACCACGUUGACACUUGAGAUGCAUAUUUUAAUCCCACCUAAUUUCUAUGACAGUAAUUUGUUUUAAACUAUUUUUCAUACUGUGUUUUAAUUGUUGUAGUCCACCCUGGGACGUUAGAAUGAAGGGCAGAUUAUUAUUAUUAUUAUUAUUAUUAAUAAUAAUAAUUAAUAAUAACAACUUCCACUCCUGAGUAGUUUUGUGAGUAUUUCCCCCGAGAGUUGAUCCAACCCCAUUUUUGUCUGCUCUUUUAUUGCAUAGUAUUUUAGGUUUAUAAAAUGUAUUUUAAAAUAGUUAUGAUUCUAGUUGGCCCUGAUAUCCCAUUGUAAUGAAGUAGGGGGUUAUAAAUAUUUUUUUUUAAUCAAAUGUACAAACCUUCUUGGAGUCUAAUCUCUCCACGAUGGACAGAAAGUUUUGGCAGGUACGGCCAGUAAGACAUUUUGUUGCCGUAGAAGGGGCUGCCACCGAAAGCCUCCCUGCCCAGUCAAGGUGCAGAGCAGUAUCCGCAAGGCCAGUCGAUAUAUUUUGGCACCUGAGGCAGGAAAUCACAGAAUUACCUCCCUGCCAGUAAAAAUAGAAUAAUAAAAAAUUGAGUAACUAACAGUUUGCUGGCCUUUCAUGACACAGAACAUCUGUUGCUUCGGAUGCCUGUCUCAUUCUGUCUAAUGGUAGGCGCUGGGCUUGAGAAAUGUGAAUAUGGAGAAAGUAAGUAAGUUACACUCCCUCUUUCACCUAAUAAUUUGGUGAAAAUAAUUUGGGCUAUGUGUGACAUUUAAAUCACCAUCGUAUUAUUGUCUGUUUGCUUGUUUACGUUUCUUAUCUUUCUUUCACAAAACUAUAGGCGUGAGGCCAGUUACAAAUCAUCAUUUUAACAAGUUUUUUGAUACAGAGGGCAGCUGAUCUUCUGUAUUUGUUGAAGGCAGACGCUCCAAGUGUCCCUAUUUUCUAGGGACAGUCCCGGAUUUACAGAAGCUGUCCCGGUUUCUGGUUUGAUCCCCAAAUAUCCCGCUUUUCCUUAGCACGUCCCUGUUUUCAUCAGAGAAAUGUUGGAGGGUAUGGUAUGGGAUGCGGGUGGCGCUGUGGGUAAAACCUCAGUGCCUAGGACUUGCCGAUCGUAUGGUCGGUGGUUCGAAUCCCCGCGGCGGGGUGAGCUCCCGUCUUUCGGUCCCAGCUCCUGCCCACCUAGCAGUUCGAAAGCACCCUUAAGUGCAAGUAGAUAAAUAGGUACCGCUUUAUAGCGGGAAGGUAAACGGCGUUUCCGUGUGCUGUGCUGGUGCUGGCUCGCCAGAGCAGCUUUGUCACGCUGGCCACGUGACCUGGAAGUGUCUCCGGACAGCGCUGGCUCCCGGCCUCUUAAGUGAGAUGGGCGCACAACCCUAGAGUCGGACACGACUGGCCCGUAUGGGCAGGGGUACCUUUACCUUACCUUUACCUAUGGUAGGAUGUCCCUGUUUUCUAUGGGGAAAUGCAGGAGAGCAUGGAGUUAUGUGACCUCCGAGCCUAAGGGGAUAAGUAAUUAUACAACCUUUAGAAGACAUAUGGAGGAAACCCUGUAUAGGGAAGUUUUAAAAUGUUUUAUUAUAUUUUUAUAUAUGUUGGAAGCCAUGUAGAGUGGCUGAGGCAACCCAGUCAGAUGGGUGGGGGAUAAAUAAUAAAUUUUAUUAUUAUUGAAUAGGAUGUCCCUUUUUUCAUCAGGGAAAUAUUGGAAGGUAUAUAUUCACAUCUACUCAGAUGUAAGUCUCUCUUAGUUCACUGGGCCUUACUCCCAUGAAAGCAUGUAUAGAAUUGCAGUCUUAACCUUGGUUGCCCAUUAGCUCUGCCAGCUUCUCUGUUUCUGCAGAAAAUGCAAAAUGCAGCCUUUCAAAUUGAUUAAGCAGUUUUUAAAAAUACUUAAUUUUUCAAAGAGUGCGCAUGUGCAGUACAGUAAUAACCAUUCUGAAACUUUAUGGUUUCUUGAUUUAUGGUUUCCUCAAGCUAAUAUUAUGGGGAAGGAAAGGAAAUUUUAAGAAAUGAAACGGGCUGGUAAAACGACACCAAUUCCAUUGUUAAACAUUGCUGAGUUAUUUCCAUUAAUGAGUGCCUUCCAUGACAUCACACCACAUCCCUUCUCAAAUGACUUGAGUGUCUCCCUCUCUCAUGUAAGAACUGGCACACUGUUAGAACAAUUGCCACAUAACACUUGUUCCUCAUUUGUAGGAAAUGAAUCUUUUACUGUGGCAGCACCUGCACUUUGGAACUCCCUGCCGAUUGAGAGCAGGCAGAAACCUUCACUGUACUCUUUUCGGUUCCUGCUAGAAACAUUUUUGUAUAGACAAUCCUAUCCAGAUCUGUAGUAUGUUGGCCUGUGUUUUUUUAAUAAUAAUAAUAAUAAUAAUAAUAAUUUAUUAUUAUUUAUACCCCGCCCAUCUGGCUGGGUUUCCCCAGCAACUCUGGGCGGCUCCAACAGAAUAUUAAAAACAUGAUAAAACAUCUUUUGCUGGCCACAUACAAAGAACUGAACUUGCAUGACCUCCUGCUCCAGAAUCUUGGGUCUCUUUGAAACAAAGCCAUUUAAUCACAAACUCAUGACACCCACAAACUUAUAACAUUUCACUUCCUUGCAGCCUAAGGAAAGCUGUUUAUUGGCAGAACACACUGGGCAGAAACGGGGAUGAGGAGGUCCAAGGGUGAAGUCUUGCUCCUGACCAUCAUAAUACUGGACAGAUUACUACAAGGUGUUGAGAGGGGUUGUUUUUAACUAUUAAGUGAGAAACAGCAACUAUAGUCUAGGCUAGAAGUGUUUUCCUUUGGUAACCCCACCAUACUGAAAAGCGUGUGUGUUUGUGUGGCGAUUCCUGUCCUUUCCAGAAGAUCACUGAGCUGCAUGAAAAGGGGUCUUGAACUUUUAAAAAAUAAAUUAAAUAAAACCGCUUAGCCCACUAAAAUAUAUAUUUUAAAAAAUGAAUAUUAAGGGGAGCCAUGCCUAUUGUUAAGCAGGGUAGCUAAAGUCAUGGUGUCAUGUCCUCCAUUGUGACCCGCCCCCCUGCUGAGUGACUUGGCUGAGGACCUUGGGAAGAGCAACUAUUUCAGGAUAGUUAGUUUGAGGAGCUAGAGUUUGUGGGAAAGCCAAGAUGUUUUCCAGUGCAGUGAAGAGACUUUCUUCAUCUAAAGUGUAAGUCGGAUUUCUAAUUCUUUCUUCAUUCUGCUUCUUUUGCUAUCCCUCAAAAUUUAGAAACAUAGGGAACCAUAUUAUGGUUAGAUUAAUUUUUAAAGAUUGUCCUCAGGGCCACCUUAGAGGCUUUGAGGGAAAUAAAUGGCUUGCCUUCUUCCUUGUGGGCAUCAUCACAAGAAGGGAAUCUCCCAGUUUGAGAGGGUCUUUUGACAAGAUACCCUGAGUGUUGGCCUAUGUUUUUACCCGCUUUUUAGCCUGCCAUUGAUUUGAAGUAUUUUUGAAUGUUUAAAAUAAUUGUUUUUGCUUAUAAUUUCAUUGCUUUGUUCUUUUUGUCACCGGCUUUGGGGAUUUUUCCCACUUACAGUUGCACAGUAUAUAAAUUUUAUGAAAUAAACAUAUCUUUCCCCAUUGGCAGCAUGGCAGAAAGCAAGACGUGACUAGGUGGGAGCAAAUCACCAAGCCAAUGCCUUUUUUGCUGCUAGCAGUGAUGGCCAAACUUGGCCCUCCAGCUGUUUUGUGACUACAGUUCCCAUCAUUCCUGACCACUGGCCCUGUUAGCUAGGGAUGAUGGGAGUUGUAGUUCAAAAAACAGAUGGAGGGCCAAGUUUGGCCAUCACUGUGCUAAGGUGAACAAGAUGCUGUCUUUCUUGAUUCCCCAUACAGAUAUUGACUGGGCAGGCAGCUGGCUUUUACUUCAACACUGUUUAUCCGACAGCACCAUCCCUUGCGUCUGAGGGUGGCAAGCUACCAGCUUUCUGCUGCUUCCUAGUCUCCAGCACCUGCCAUCUUGGGCAGCCACCUCCCUGCCAAAUGGUAGGACCGGACCAGCUUGAACCUGUAUACUCACCAUACAUUUAAAGCACAUGACUUUCCCCCGAAGAAUCUUAGGAACUGUAGUUUAUUAAGGGAAUUGUAGGUCUGUUGGGGGGAAUAAACUACAUUUAUUUGGGGAAGGCCAUGAACUUUUAAAAACAGUUAUGGUGUGUACAACAGCCUUGGAAGAGGGAGGAAAGAGGCAGGAUACUUCCAACACUGUGGUAGACUUUGACAGAGGUACAGAUAAAAAUGUCAACGUUCAGCAGAAUUAAGUGGUAAAGCUUUUUCCUGGAUGUUACCACGUCUGGCUGCAGUGGUGGUUUGAAUGUUCUAUUAUUAGGAGCAAGCCAACAAAUAAGUAUAGACAACUCGGAUGGGAGGGCCUUCUCCCUCACAUGCUACUUUUCUGUGUGCAGGGAGCACCUCCAUUGUGGGAUAAUUCAAAUUUGCAAUCCCUGCAACCAGGAAUUGCUUCCCCCCUUGCUUCUGCUUGAGUGCAUAUAAGCCAACCUUUAAUGUCUUGGAAACAAAAUAAGAUUAAUAAACUUGCAAGCAAGGCUGGCCCACUCAUAAAACAAGGUGAGGCGACCGCCUCAGGUGACAGGAUCCGCCAGGGCAGAAGAUUUCCGAUGUAGCUUUCUUUCCCCAGCCCCUCGUUCCUGAUGUAUAUCUUCCCUCACCCCUUCUUCCCUGGCGGAGAGGGGGGGCACAAUUUGGGAGUCUUCCUCAGGUGCCAAAAAGUCUUGGGCUGGCCCUGAAGAGGAACAUCUCACCCAUCAUCAAAAAAGCAUCCUCCAACAGGUGUGGGGAACCUCCCCCCCCCCCGGAUGUUGCUGAACUACAACUCCCAUCACCUUUGGGCAUUAGCCAUGUUUGCAGAGGCUGAUGGGAGUUGUAGUUCAGCAACAUCUGCAGGGUGACAGGUUCCCCACGCCAAUUUUAUUAGGCUCCACUCUUGUGCUCAUUUACGUGGGGUGAACCCUGUUUGAACACAAUGGCACGUAUUUCUGGAUAAGGAUACAGAGGGUCAGGUUGGACAAUGGAGAAAAGGAGUAGAGAAAUCAAUGGAGGAUGGAUCUUGCAAGAUCUGUUACCGUGACAGCUGGAGUGAACCUCCAUGUUGGCAAGCACUAUAUCUCUGAGUACACGGCUGCCAGGAGAGGGCUGUUCCCUUCACAGCCUGCUUGUGAGCUUCCUAGAGGCAUUUGGCUGUCUACUACAGUGGUACCUCGGGUUACAUAUGCUUCAGGUUACAGACUCCGCUAACUCAGAUAUAGUACCUCGGGUUAAGAACUUUGCUUCAGGAUGAGAACAGAAAUUGUGCUCCGGCAGCAGCGGGAGGCCCCAUUAGCUAAAGUGGUGCUUCAGGUUAAGAACAGUUUCAGGUUAAAAACAGAACUCCGGAACAAAUUAAGUACUUAUCCCGAGGUACCACUGUAUUGGGAACAGGAUGCAGGGCUAAAACGAGUUUCUUGUGUGAUCCAGCAAGGCAGUUCUGACCUGGUUCUUUGUUCUAUUGCUUUGGCUUGCUUUCUUCCACAUGCACACACCCUCUCUUUUAACCAGGAACACUUUGAAUAACAGAACCACGGAGGAGGAAGGGACCUCAAAGGUACUGUUGUACCUCGGAAGUAGAACGCCUUGCGAGUCGAACGUUUUGGCUCCUGAACGCCGCAGACCCGGAAGUGAGUGUUCCGGUUUGCGAACGUUAUUUGGAACCCGAACGUCUGAUGCGGGUUCCGCAGGUUCCGAUUGGCUGCAGGAGUUUCCUGCAGCCAAUCGGAAGCGACACCUUGGGUUUCUGAACGUUUUGGAAGUCAACCAGACUUCUGGAACGGAUUCCGUUUGACUUCCGAGGAACGACUAUAAUCUAGUCUGAUGUAAAUGACUUGUUGUACUCUCCAUGGAAUCCUAUUCUCAAGUGCAAAAAAACCCCAAACAAUAUUUAUGAAUGGCAGACAGUGGGCAUAGCGGGCAGUUUUUGCCUGUGAAAUGCCACCUUUCCCCUUUCUCUCUUACACACUCACACUCUUACACACACACACACACACACACACACACACGCACACGCACACACACACACACACACACACACUUCUUUGUUUCUUUCUCACACUGUUUACAAGGCAGCCUCUUGAUCUCUCCCCCUUGCUUGCUUCUUUCUCUUUCUCUCUCAUCCUUCCUUGUUCUCCUUUCUCUCAAGCCCCAGACAGAGAGUGUCACUUUGAUGCUGAAACCAAGCCGCUCCUAAUGUGUUGAAAGUCUAAAUGCAUUAAAGCCGCUUCAUUUCCUGAACACCCUUCAAGGGUUUGCAAUCUGGAGAAAAAGAACCCCCCUCCGCCUUGUGCUCCCGGCGCUUCAGCGACACGCCACCACCGUCAGGGAAAGGAAGGGGGAAGGAAAGAGAUACCAACACAAGAGAAUAAUUCUAUUCUGAAACUGCGCUGACAUAAAAUAGUCCGCAGCCAGUUCCAAAGCAAAACUUCCACGUGCGCCGCUCCAAACUUCCCCUCUUUUUCUUGGGAUCCCAGUGGGAGAUCAGGGUUCGAAUCUGCACUCAGACAUCAAGUUCGCUAGGUGGCCUUGGGCCUAGUCAGUCUCUCAGCCUGUCCCACCUCACAGGGUUUCUGUGAGGAUAAAAUGGGGGAGGAGAACCGUGCAUGUUGUCCUGAGUUCCUUGAAGGAAAGGUGGGAUAGAAACGUUCAAAUAAGGCAUUAAAAUAAAGCAAUGGACUGGCUGUUGAGGAGGGAACCUUCAGUUCCAAGAAGGAAGAACUAUGUUAUAUCUGGGAAGAGCCACACAAUAUUCAGAAGCCACGACUUUCCUCAAAGAAUCCUGGCAUAGCUUAGUCAGCACAGCAUGAGACUCUUAAUCUCAGGGUCUCUGGGUCAUAGGUGCAAGCCCCAUGUUGCACAGAAGAUUCUUGCAUUGCAGGGGGUUAAUUAUAAUCAUCAUCAUCAACAUCAUCAUAGUAAUAAAUUUAUUAUUUAUACCCUGCCCAUCUGGCUGGGUUUCCCCAGCCACUGGGUCCCAAUAGAAUAUUAAAAACAUGAUAAAACAUCAAACAUUAAAAACUUCCCUAAACAGGACUGCCUUCAGUUGUUUUCUAAAAGUUAGGUAGUUGUUUAUUUCCUUGACGUAUGAUGGGAGGGUAUUCCACAGGGCAGGCGCCACUACCGAGAAGGCCCUCUGCCUGGGUUGAACUAGAUGACCCUUGUGAUCCCCUCCAACUCUACAAUUCUGAUUCUAAAUGUGGUUUCCUCCCUCACAGAGCCACAAUUCCCAUCACCCUUAACAUACUACAAUUCCCAGGAUUCUUUGAGGGAAGUCCUAUGUUUUAAAUGCACACUGAAUGUGCUUUAAAUGUCUGUCCCUCUGUGUUUUUAGUGUCUGAUAAGGUUCAUGCGGGCGGUGCUGUGGUCUAAACCACAGAGCCUAGGGCUUGCCGACCAGAAGGUCGGUGGUUCGAAUCCCCACGACUGGGUGAGCUCCUGUUGUUCGAUCCCAGCUCCUGCCCACCUAGCAGUUCGAAAGCAUGUCAAAGUUCAAGUAGAUAAAUAGGUACCACUGGCAGGAAGGUAAACGGCAUUUCCGUGCGCUGCUCUGGUUCGCCAGAAGCAGUUUAGUCAUGCUGGCCACAUGACCCAGAAGCUGUCUGCUGACAAACACCAGCUCCCUCGGCCUAUAGGGCAAGAUGAGCACACAACCCCAGAGUCGUCCACGAUUGGACCUAACGGUCAGGGGUACCUUUAUCUAUGGUUCACUUUUUUUAAAAACCGCUUUUGGUGUCACUCACCAGGGAAGCAAAAUAUACCUUCCACUGGAAUUUCUGUGAUUGGCACCAGUAUAUUUAUUGACCAAAUUUAUUUCAGAUUUUUUUUUAAUGAUAUUUAUUAAAGUUUCACAAAGAAAAAAUCACAUCAACAAAAAAGAAAAAUUCAAGAAUAAAAAGAAAAAUACACAAUACAAAAUACAAAAAGAAAAAAGAAAAAACAGUUAAAAACAAUUCCAUCUUUUCAUCACUACUUUUACAUUUACUUGUUUCCCGGACCUCCUCAUACCUCCCUCUUUUGUAUUCCAAUUCAGUUUGUUAGUCCAGCAAUUCCUUUCCCUCCUUUUUAAUCCCAAUCCUUAAUCUUAAUAUAAUAUAACAUUAAAUUUUUACCUAUUAAAAACCAAUUUUCCAUUCUUUUAACCUUUUUAAUCCUAAUCCUUAAUCUUGAUCUAUUUAUAACUUUAAAGCCUGUACAGCUAGAAGCUACUUAUUUUCAAUCCAACAUCACUCUAACAUUCAUUAAUUUUGCAAUAUUUCUGUAAAUAAUCUUUGAAUUUCUUCCAAUCUUCUUCCACCAACUCUUCUCCCUGGUCACGGAUUCUGCCAGUCAUUUCCGCCAAUUCCAUGUAGUCCAUCAUUUUCAUCUGCCAUUCCUCCAGUGUGGGUAGCUCUUGUGUCUUCCAAUACUUUGCGAUGAGUAUUCUUGCUGCUGUUGUAGCAUACAUAAAGAAAGUUCUAUCCUUUUUUAACACCGGUUGGCCGACUAUGCCCAGGAGAAAGGCCUCUGGUUUCUUCAAGAAGGUAUAUUUAAAUACCUUUUUUAAUUCAUUAUAUAUCAUCUCCCAGAAAGCCUUGAUCUUUGGGCACGUCCACCAAAGGUGGAAAAAUGUACCUUCAGUUUCUUUACAUUUCCAACAUUUAUUAUCAGGCAAAUGGUAGAUUUUUGCAAGCUUAACUGGGGUUAUGUACCACCUGUAUAUCAUUUUCAUAAUAUUCUCUCUUAGGGCAUUACAUGCCGUAAACUUCAUACCUGUGGUCCAUAACUGUUCCCAGUCAGCGAACAUGAUGUUGUGUCCAACAUCUUGUGCCCAUUUAAUCAUAGCAGAUUUCACCGUUUCAUCCUGAGUGUUCCAUUUCAGCAGCAAGUUAUACAUUCUUGACAAAUUCUUAGUUUUGGGUUCUAACAGUUCUGUUUCUAAUUUUGAUUUUUCCACCUGGAAGCCAAUUUUCUUAUCCAAAUUGUAUGCCUCCAUUAUCUGAUAAUAAUGAAGCCAGUCUCGCACUUUGUUUUUUAGUUUUUCAAAACUCUGCAAUUUCAAUCUGUUUCCAUCUUGUUCCAAAAUUUCCCAAUAUUUUGGCCAUUUGACCUCCAUAUUGAGCUUUUUCAAGGCUUUCGCUUCCAUUGGUGACAGCCACCUUGGAGUUUUGUUUUCCAAUAAAUCCUUGUAUCUUAUCCAAACAUUAAACAGUGCUUUCCUGACAAUAUGGUUUUUAAAUGAUUUAUGUGCUUUGACCUUGUCAUACCACAGAUUUUUAAGCUUCACCAUGUCAAGUGGCUCACACAGGAUUUUGCUAAGGGAGGCGGAAAUGGACAAAAUGAUCAAAUUGUAAAAUGGGAUUUCACUGUUCCUAAAGGUGUGUGAAAGGGCUUCCUUGAGCAGCUAUGAGCAAUUGCUGGGGAGAGCAAUUGGGGAGAAGCAUGAUUGCUUCCAUACCAGAUACAUUUUUGUAUUGGUUUUGAUCUUUGCCAUUAUUAUAUCAUAUAAUAUGCUGGCUAUUUAGCUUGAGAUUGUCAAACUGUGUUCUAGGCAGGGAUGCCAUGGGGGGUGGGGUUCAGCAUUGCGGGGCUGCUGUGAGGCCCAUACCACAGAGUGAGUGUGUGUGUGUGUGUGUGUGUGUGUGUGUGUGUAUCCUAACCCUGGUGUGCCACCUCCUGGCUGCCAUUGCCUGCUCACCUCUCUGAACAGGCAAGCGGCGACAACAGAGAGAUGGGACAGCAGCCUAGGCAUGACUAGGCCUCCCCACACCCUGUGUGUGUGUGUGUGUGUGUGUGUGUGUGUGUGUGACUGUGACUUUGGGCCAAGAUGGAAAGGGCAAAUGUAUGGGCAUCCGUGGUGAGAAACUGGCACAAUGCAAUGCUCAAGGCAACAGCAAUGGUUUUGCUGAACGCUCCUCCAAAUCCUAUUAGAGAUUCCUCAAAGGGGGGCUGUGCUUUCCUGAAAGGUAGCUUGUCUAACCACUACUUGUCUUCUUCAGCAUUGCGUAGGCACAGGGGAAUAUGAUGGGUGGGUCUUUCUCUGGCCUCAGUUCACACAGGGCAGCAACGGUGGCCAAGAGGCCUGGUACAUGGGAAACAAGAGUGUGUCUUAGAAAAUAUGCCCCAUAAUCCUCUUCACAGGAGGUCCACGGCAGAUGUUUGUUUGUUUAGUUCAUAAAAUUUACAAACAACAAAGAACAAACAAACCUCAAAAUGGUUUACAGAAGAUAAAACAGGAAAAUGGGGGGGGGGGGCCGGCGGCUCACAACCACGCUUAAAAACACACAAAAGUUGAAAUGUAGUGGUACCUCGGGUUAAGUACUUAAUUCGUUCUGGAGGUCCAUUCUUAACCUGAAACUGUUCUUAACCUGAAGCACCACUUUAGCUAAUGGGGCCUCCUGCUGCUGCCGCACCGCCGGAGCACGAUUUCUGUUCUUACCCUGAAGCACAGUUCUUAACCCGAGGUACUAUUUCUGGGUUAGCGGAGUCUGUAACCUGAAGCGUAUGUAACCUGAGGUACCACUGUACUAACACAGAUUUUAAAAUUUCUUAAGCGUUUGGCUAGACUUGUCUGAACAAGAUUAUGAGCAGGUGCCAAAAAGCGCACAGUUGAAGGCACCUGCUUUAUCUCAAUAAGCAGGAUAUAACAACAACAACUAUUAUUAUUAUUAUUCCCAACCUAUCUGUCUGAGUUUCUCCAGCCACUCUGGGCAUCUCCCAACAAAAUAUUAAAAACCUGCUAAAACAUCAAACAUUAAAAAUCCCUAAAUAGGGCUACCCUAAAUUUCCCUAAACAGGGAAUCCCACAGUGUAGGCACUGCCACACCAAACGACUGAAUUUUUACAAAGGUGGAACAGCAUCUGUAGCAGCACCAGUUCUGCCACAUGGGCACGUGUGGGGUAAGAAAGUCCUUGGCAGGAUGAGCUCUGGGAAGUUUGAAAACUGAUGUCAGAGCCCUGCUGCAGCCUGGUUAUCUCGUCCUCACACCCUGACAAGGCCAUCUCCAACCAGCUGCCUUCUGGGUAGGAUUUCAGGAGAGAUGGGGAGAGAGAGAGAGACUAUCCUCUUGCCCUCUUCAGGGUUAUCUCCCAUCAGCUGCUCUGUGGGAAGGAUGCCAAUGAUCUGUUAUAUUUUGAUAUUGUGAUUUAAUUAAUGCGUUUUGAUGUUACUUGGAAACUGCCUAGGAAGCAUUGAUAUUCUGAAUGAAGAAAGAAAGAAAGAGAGAGAGAGAAAGAAAGAAAAGCAAUAGCUUGCUGUCAAUAACAACAAUUUAUUACUCGCCCUUCGCCCUAAGGUUUCAGGGUAGGUUGCAACAAUUUAAAACACUACUUUUAAACAACUUACAAAAGUAGUGUGGGUCCUAAAAAUAUGCAUCUCAGGCUAGGGCAAAAAAAAAAGAAAAAAGGGAUUCAGUCCCAUCGGGUAAACACAGGAAAUAAAUAAACAAAAAAAUAAUAGUGCAUUUAUCAAUAGACUACAGUCUACACUUGUGUUUUUUUUAUAGUUGCAUUGGACAUAAGGUUUUCAUCAAAACAGCUAUGGAGGCUCAUAACUUUAUUCUCCUUUCCCAUCCCCAACAACUGGAAAUUUAUUCAUGAGUCACUAGUCUAUGAAAAAUACUAGAUGUGACAUUCGGUCAUUGAAACGUAUAAGCUCAAAUGACAUCCAGUAAAACAAACACGAAACAGCAGCAACAACAACCUUAAAAUCCAAUGAACCCAAACAGUUACUGAUAUGAAAUAAAACAAAACACACGCUCACUCUCAAAAACUAGUACAGGAACAGAAAUUGCAUGGUGUCCACACAGGACCAGGAUUCUUCAGGCAGCAUUUCCUCCCUUUGUAUCUUGGCUUCCUCAGAAAUACAAGACAUCAGGUGCAGUUUUAAUUGGAAAUUCCUUCCUUCCUUUCUCCAUUAAGGCUGUCUCCUUUUCUACCAGCUCCUCUUCAGGACAAACUUCCAGACAACAGAAGUGAUUAACUUGCAGGACGCAGCACAUUGUUCCCUUUUAUAACAACAGGAUUGGGAUCUAGGUCUUAUUGGCAUUAAAAGACUUAUAAUCUUUUUGUUGAUUUAUCCUGAAGUUUUCCCCUAGUAUUUGGGUUGCCAGAGACAAAAUCAACUGGUCACCUAUCUUCUUGUAUUUACUGAGAGCUUCUUGUCACUUUCUUGAACCUCAUCUGUGAGAUCAAAGCUGGAGUAGUUUCUUCUUGACCUUACCUCUGAAUCAUUAGGAAUAUCUUCUUCUUUGGCUAUCACUGGUAGCCGAGUAAGAUUGUCUUCCAUAAACACGGUUUUAACAGUGAGUCCGUAAGUGACUGUGGAGGCCAAUUUUGGAUCCACACUUCCUUCCACAGUGGGGACAUUGGUUUCCGGGUGAGAGUUGAUCAUGGUGUGGAUUUGCCAAACGUGCCUUCCUCUUAGCCUGUUUCUCCCUUUCGUCCUGAGUUCAAGUGUCUUCAAAGCCCAUGACACCUUUGGUAAAGGCUGUUCGCCAACUGGAGCGCUUGCAGGCAAGUGUUGCCCAAUUGUUGGUGUUUAUACUACAUUUUUAAAAAUUUGCCUUGAGACAGUCUUUAAACCUCUUUCGUUGACCGCCAGCAUUAUGCUUUCAAUUUUUAAAUUCGGAAUAGAGUAGUUGCUUUGGAAAAUGAUAAUCAGACAUCCGCACAACAUGACCAGUCCAACAAAGUUGAUGAGUCCUGUGAGUUGCCAUUGGAUAAGCUUGGUGUUUGCUUUCCACCCUUUCAGCAAUUCAGAAGGCGAUUUUCAUGUAACAGGGUGGAGUAGUAACGUAAUGAUAUCACAUCUGCUAGCGUACAUCUAUGCAGGAAUUGAUGAAUUGCAUCUAUGCAGGAAUUGAUGAAUACUCAAAGUGUACUCACAAAACACACACCUGAUUUUGGGGAAUUAGUUGGAAAAUUGAACUCAACUGGGGAUGCCUGGUGCAUUCAGUAAUAAGGAAAAUGUAUCAAAACAGCUUCACCUUGAAUCUGAAAAGGCUUUUCCACAAAGGAUCCAAGCUUGCAAAUAAGAUUGUAACACAUUGCACAACAAAAUACAUAGGUGGAGAGGUCCUCAGACAUCCUGAAUGGAAUUAAUUUGAUAUGAUGCCACAGGUUGAAAGCCCAGCCGAAAGUGACUUCUCUGUUGAUAAAAGUAUUUUAACAAGGUAUUGUUGUUUUUGCUGAAAGGGGAAUUCAGCAUACUUCUCAGGAAAUGCAAAAAGGCUACUUAAUUAAGGUGGGAUGAGCUUGCCGGCUGAACCAGGGACUCACCAUAGGAGAUCAGAAACCAUGCUGAAGGUGUUGCUUGCAUCAGAUGUGGUACUUGUUUCUGGAAUUAAUUAGGCUGGAGUGUUACCUCCUCCUUGUAACUGGGAUGUUCAAGCUUACACCAUUGCUGACUCACACAAUAGGGACUUCCUCAGGUGACCACAAUGCUUCUCUCACUGCCAGAAUUAAAGACAAACCAUGCACACAUACCCUUGGCUUGUCUUAGCUAAACUAAACAUUUUGGUAACUGCUAAGCAAACAGAGUUUUGAGAAUUUCCUCUUUUGAGGGUUGUUGUGAAAUGGUCAGUUACAAAUUCUCAUUUAGUAAUCUGUUCAUUCUUUCCACUAAGCAAUUCUCUCUUGGAUAGAACAGCCUUGUAAUUUUUAAAAAUUGCUGUAGAAGUAUUGUUCUAGUUUAAAUGAGGAAGUUGUCGCCCAUUGUCAGUCAUUAAUUCCUUGGGAAGGCCUUCUCUGGUAAAUCGGGUCCUCCCUUAAAGAGGGCAUGUAUUGCGGUGAGAACUGGAAACUGACACCCUGUGUUGUGGGUGGAUACGAUUGUCAGCUACAACACCCGAUUGGUAGGUCCCUCAUAGCUGGGUGCAAUCUGGCCAAUGGGACACAGUCCAAACGGUUCGAGGGACUUAUUUAUACCCAUGCACCCUUGGCUGACCUAUUCUGGUGUCCUGGGUCAGCGCUACCAGCAUGGCGGCGAGCUAGUCAAACCAGAGCCUAUGCAACCAUUCACUUUCUGUAAUCAAUAAAGUUGUGGCCUAAAUUCUGCCAAAAACCAAAACCAAAAUUUGAGUCAAGUGUGAAUUUAUUUAGGGGGGAGGUUUCUGGGUCUGAACAUGCAAAGACUGCAGACAAAUCAAAUUAUGUUGCUUAUACAGUAGUAGUUUGCCAGAAAUUGAAACAUCUGGACAUUUAGAAUAAUAGUUCCCCACCAUGAUGAUAAACCUCUUAUUUUGCAACAUCUAAAGGUCUCCUUGUGUCUAGAGUUAAUUUUCCCCAUGGGCUGUUAGGAUAUUCUGUUGGGCUUGUGGCGAAUGUUUUCUGGGCUUUUUCACAAGUACAGUAUAAGCUAUACAGUUCCUGAUUACUUCCUCAAUUUGUUUGCUCAUUCCUGGCCGCCAAAAGCUUUGUGUGAUUCAUCUAUUAGGGAAUCUGAUACUUAGGUACCUUCAUUAGGCUACAUUAAUCAACCUUGCUUGCAGAGAUGUUGGCAGUACCAAACAAUCAGUCCUUUAAAACCAACUUGUUGAGAAGGGACAAUUCACAUGCUUAUGGUGUCUACUGUUGCAAAUAUUCAGACAUCUAAUUCUUACAUGUACACAGACAUCCUUUGGUUAUAUAAGGUGUGAGUUUAGUAAACACUCAGGGCUGCUUUCUGCUCCAGUGCUGUAAGCGUUUCAUAGGUGGAGGAAGCUAUUUGUGCAUUUACUGACCCUUCAUCCUCAUCUUCGACUUGGGCUCCUCUGUAGGACAAACUUCUAGACACCUGAACUGAUUAACUGGCAGGGUAUUGCACCCAUCAUUCUCCCCUGGUAGCACCUCCCUCUGAUGUCCUUUUAUCAUUGGGGCUGAGCAGCUGGAUCAUGAUCAGCCCAUCACAAAACUUGGUGUAUCUUCCCAGGAAAUGGGACUCGCCAGGGGGAACUCCCAACUGAAGCAAUCAGAGGUACAAGGCCUCUGAAUACAGUCUCUGAAUGACAUUUUAAAAGCCCUGUAAGCUGGUGGCCAUCACAUCUCAUGGUAAUGAAAUGCAAUGAGCUUAAUCCGCUCGGAGUCUAAGGGUAAGGUUCUUUUUCUUUCUAAUUCCAUUUCCUGGUUGCAGAAAGUCUGGGCAGAACUGCUGCAGUGAUACUGAAGCAAAACUUAACAGUUCCCUGAGUUCUUUGAGGGAUGCCAGGCGAGGCAAACCAGUUGGUACUGUCAUCAAUACAGGCAAGGUAUCUUGUGCACACAGCACAACACUAAUGCAAUUUCAAAGACAUCCAAAUGGAUGUUCUAUGUUCAUGCAAAUGGUAUGUGUAUAAUACGAUAUACUAUACUAGCCUGCAUACAGCCUACGGUCUUACAGAUAUAUAAUAUUCUUACAUCCUGACUAUGGUGGAGGCUUGGCUCAUGGAGACUAGAGAAAGGCUUUCUUUAUUGAAUAGAGGCUCAGUUGCCCACCCUUUGAAUAGUUUUUUUUUUGCAUUGCAAAACCCUUUCUUUUUAGGCAGGUGUUUAGUAUUAAUUCAUUCAUUGCCUUCCUGCCGCCACCUUUUUCUCCAUGGUUCUUCCCUUCCAUGUUUUUCUUGUGUAUUUACUAUAUUUACCAUUUACCAUAUUUUUCUGUGUAUAAGACGACCCCAUGUAUAAGACUAUUUUUUGAACCCUAAAUUAAGAAAUCAGUAUUUUAAACACCUGAGAUCACCCAAAUUCGUUGCCGCUGAGGGAGGCAGGCAGGCAAGGCGGGCAGGUGAGCAAGUGAUAGCUAGCAAUAGGGAGUGUAAGAAGGGACUAGAGUCAAGCAAGGCAUGGAGAUAGUGGAAGCGGAAUGAGCAGCUGAAGCUCUGGACCGUAUUUUCCCAUGUAUAAGAUGACCCCCGUGUAUAAGACGACCCCCUCUUUUGCACUAAAAAAAAACAAAUAAGCAAAAAACAUCGUCUUAACACACAGAAAAAUACGGUAAACCCCACAACAACCAUUCAAGGUAAAUUUAAGCUGAGAGGCUGUGACUGGCCGCUCAGUGGCUGAGUGGGGAUUUGAAUCCUGAUCUCCCUGGUCGUAUGUCAUACAUUCUUAACCACCACACGACACUGUUUGGUUUAACUGCUAAGUUUUUAUCCGAUACCUCCAGUUUAUCCAUUGUACUUGUCUCUGUUUCUCUCAGGGGUGGUUUUACAAUAGCUGCAGGGGGCGACACUACAAGGCCGUGGAACAGAACGUGAGAGGCCGAGUGGUGCCGAAUUCUAGCAUUCCACUGCGUGCCACUGAAAUUUGAGAGCCCCCCACUGUUUUUAUAAUCUUUUUUGUUGUUGUUACAGUGGUACCUCAGGUUAAGUACUUAAUUCGUUCCGGAGGUCCGUACUUAACCUGAAACUGUUCUUAACCUGAAGCACCACUUUAGCUAAUGGGGCCUCCCGCUGCCACCGCGCCGCUGGAGCACGAUUUCUGUUCUCAUCCUGAAGCAAAGUUCUUAACCUGAAGCACUAUUUCUGGGUUAGCGGAGUCUGUAACCUGAAGCAUAUGUAACCUGAGGUACCACUGUAAUUGUAUUUUAUGGUUGGCUUUGAUGGACUUUAGUUGUGCUCAAUGGUACCGAAAAGGCAGGAUAUAAAUCUUCCUUCCUUCAUUCAUAUAUAUAUAUAUAUAUAUAUAUAUAUAUAUAUAUAUAUAGCAAAUCAGCUGCAAGCUUCUGGCUCGUGAUACAUUUCCAAGCUGCCCCAUGAGCACGGAGGAAGUUGCCAGUUGCGGGCUUGCUGCCCUGUUGCCCUCCUCGAAGCGUCUCCCUCUCCACCCCGCCUUUCCGCCUGCCACUUCUCUGAGACUCAAAUUAUGUCUCUUCCGCACAAAUCUUGGCUGCAUCUUUCUCACACCCACGGGGAGUGUUUAUAUCUGUUAAUUUUUUAUCCACUGAACCCUCCUUUCUCCCAGGGCCUGUUGGUGCACAGUGCCAGUGCUGUGUCCCUGGGGGGAAGCUGUCAACACGCAUGUUCUUUAAGUGGCCUCCUUUGAAUGUGGACAAAAAAAAUUUCCAAACCUUUGGAGGGAAAGAUGAGGAACGGGGCUUCUCCGUGUGCUUUGAGUCCCCUUCGCUAACAGGGCUGUGCCAGAGGAGAGAGGAACUUUAUUCUUUUUAAAAACAAAGGAAGGGGAGACUGGAGCUGACAUGAUGGAAGCUGUACCACAGGGAUGGGGAACUUGUGGUCCCUUCCUCAAGGAGCUUACAAAGCAAAUUUCAGAACUUGAGAGGCAAGGUGAGGGUAAACAGGAGAGGAAUCAUCUGUGUUCAGCUCAAUUAGGGAGAGGGUGUUUUCACACAGGGUGUUCACUGGAGAGGGACGCGGGUGGCGCUGUGGUCUAAACCACUGAGCCUCUUGGGUUUCCUGAUCGGAAAGACGGCGGUUUGAAUCCCUGUGACGGGGUGAGCUCCCAUUGCUCUGUCCCAGCUCCUGCCAACCUAGCAGUUCGAAAGCACACCAGUGCAAGUAGAUAAAUAGGUACCGCUGUGGCAGGAAGGUAAACGGCGUUUCCGUGCGCUCUGGUUUCCAUCAAGGUGUUCCGUUGUACCAGAAGCGGUUUAGUCAAAGCUGUCUGUGGACAAAUGCCGGCUCCCUCGGCCUGAAAGCAAGAUGAGUGCCGCAACCCUAUAGUCACCUUUGACUGAACUUAACUGUCCAGGGAUCCUUUCCUUUUUACCUUUACACUGGAGAGGAGCCACACUUCAUCCACAACCUUCAAGUGGGUCAUCUACACACUACUGUCAACAAAUUGUUAUCCUCCUGUGUUUCCCCAUGUUCCUUUAAUAUUUUUGCAGAAGUUCCAAAAAUAAUUAUAUGAGAAAGAACAAAACCUAGUGCAUCCUCCACCACCUUAGAAUUGUUCUUCUGUCUUUUUUAAGGCAUAAAGACAUAGCAUUGACAUGUGCAGUGAUGAGAGUCUAUAUGCAUCUAUACUCUGGCAAAACUUCCCCAGCAACUUUCCUAUCAAAACCCAUUUAUUAGCAUGAUUUUGUCCCCCAUUGAUCUUUUUUUUUAAAUUUGCUGUAAAACACCUUUAUACACAACACACCUCUCUUAAAAAGCUUGCACAAUAGCACUUAAAACUUCAAAAACAUUUCAGCACAAAGUUCAACAUUAAGUUAGGGGGGCGGGGAACCAACCUUGACUGUCGUUGGCACCAUUUUUGCGUUGUGUUUAUUUCCCCCAUCUGUUAAUUAGUGCCAAAACACAUUUUUUUAUUUUGCCUUUAAAAAUUAUUAAAGAAAUUGUGCAGUAGCACCUAGAUUAAAAAAAAGUGUUAUAAUGCAGAUUUAAAAACUGAUCUUAAAAAACUGUUUGGGAAACAAAAAAGUUACUUUUAAAAAUGGCACAUGUAGACAUUUUAUCCCUUCUUCCCACAGGCUAUCUCAGGUCCAUUCGUGUGGACAGAACAUAGCAAAAUGUACCCACCAUAUUCCCCAAAGUGUUGAAAGCACCUUUCAGUUCCAUUUGUAUCUUACAGAGGAUGUGCAAUAAUUGGGGAGUUUGAUAGCGGAUAAAGACUAGAGCAGGCAUAGGCAACCUUAGGCCCUCCAGAUGUUUUGACCUACAACUCCCAUGAUCCCUAGCUAACAGGACCAGUGGUCAGGGAUGAUGGGAAUUGUAGUCCAAAACAUCUGGAGGGCCGAAGGUUGCCUAUGCCUGGACUAGGGCAUGUGCUCAAGAAGUCACCAGAUGUAAUCCAUGAUUAGAUGCAGGAGCAUCCCAGAAGCAGCUCUGUUGCCCAGGAAGCCUGGUCCCAUUCCUGAACCAUGACUUGACUUGACAAUUCGGAGGCAAUAUCACUGUGCACAUCUGCAGUAGCAAUGGCAGGAUGAUGGCCCAUUGUUCAGGGAGCGAACAAAUAUACCUAACCUUUUUUAAAAACAUCAGCUCUUAGAGCAUGAGCCAGCGCAGUGUAGUGGUUAGUAUGGCAGACUAGGACAGGAUGGGGGGGACGGGACUCGAACCCACGUUCAAAUCCCUACUUGGCCUCACGCAAGGCAGUUAAAAAAUAAGAAAGUUACAGUGGAACCUUGAUUCUCAAACGCCUUGGUACUCAAACAACUUGGAACCCAAACACUGCAAACCCGGAAGUAAGUGUUCCGAUUUGUGAACUUUUUCGGAAGCCGAACGUGCUCCAUUUUGAGUGUUACGCUUCUGAUUUGAGUGCCACACAUCCUUUUCGAGUGUUACGCUGAGGUCUGCCUGUUUUUGCUAUUUGUUUUGCGUUUUUGUUGUUGUUGUGGCUCUUUUUUGUUUUGUUUUUGUGACUGUGUGGAACCCAGUUCAGCUACUGAAUGAUUGAUUGUGUGACUGCAGUACAUUGUUUAUUGCUUUCAUUUUAUGGAUCAAUGGUCUUGUUAGAUAGUAAAAUUCAUGUUAAAUUGCAGUUUUAUGGAUUGUUUUUAAAAGUCUGGAACGGAUUAAUCCGUUUUGCAUUACUUUCUAUGAGAAAGCGCGCUUUGGUUUUGGAAUGGACUUCCGGAAUGGAUUUAAGUUUGAGAACCAAAGUACCACUGUAUUGGUUUUUCUUCAGAAAUAUUGUCUGUAUUUGUAUUGAAAUGUAUGCAGAUUGAAUCAAGUAAUUGUUAAACUUAUAUGAGGCUGUGUUGUGGAGAGGAUAGCACUCUGCCCAAGUCUGCUGCUUGCUGUGUGUGUGUGUGUGUGUGUGUGUGUGUGUGUGUGUGUACUUGCAUAUGUAAAAUUUCUGGAGGUGCAGGUGGGGAGUUGAAUGAAGCGUUUGAAGAAAUGGUUUUACCCCAAACAAGUGUUUGAUUUGUUGCCGCGAGGUUUGUACCUUCAGUUCUGCCAAACUUUUGAGGUUUUGUGGCAUAAAACUCAAGAACAGAAGGUUAGCGUUGAGAGUUAAAUUCCAAAACACCACUCUCCUCUUUUUGUUUUAUCGUAGACAGGUAGAAAAUAUUUGCAGGAGGUACGGUUUCAGAUUAGGGGGUUUAGGGUUAGGAGAGAUAUUAUUUUUGUUUGCAUUGCAAUGAGAAAUUAUCUAAUUCGCACUUCUCAAACCAACACAUGAACGCGGCUCCCCUUUGAAAGGCACAUUACUGUGAAUUCUGCGAUACAAUUCUCCAACCAAACAAUGUGUACAAAAAUGCAUGCAUUAGGCACAGUGUAUCAGCGAAACUUAGGGACGCGGGUGGGGCUGUGGGUUAAACCACAGAGCCUAGGACUUCCCGAUUAGAAGGUCGGCGGUUCGAAUCCCCGCGACGGGGUGAGCUCCGGUUGCUCGGUCCCUGCUCCUGCCAACCUAGCAGUUCAAAAGCACAUCAAAGUGCAAGUAGAUAAAUGGGUACCACUCCCGCGGGAAGGUAAACGGCGUUUCCGUGCGCUGCUCUGGUUCGCCAGAAGCGGCUUAGUCAUGCUGGCCACAUGACCCGGAAGCUGUACGCCGCCUCCCUUGGCCAACAAAGCGAGAUGAGCGCAGCAACCCCAGAGUCGGUCAUGACUGGACCUAAUGGUCAGGGGUCCCUUUACCUUUUACUAUCAGCGAAACUUAACACAUGCAUAAAUACAUUGGGGAAAACGCUUGCCAAAAAUGUGUAUAUUGGUCAAAACUGCAUAUAAAAACAUGUCGCUUAGCAGAAAUUUGAACUAGAAUGAUAAAUGUUCAUGAGGAUUUUCUUUUUAUUAAAAAGCCCCCUGCAUACUCUUGUGGAAAUUUGAAUAAUUGAACUUAAGAUUAGCAAAAUGAGAAACGUUGAAACGGACACAUAAGUCCACUCUUGGGGGCUUGGGAAGACCCAGCAGUGUCCAAACGCCUGGACAUAGGGCCAAACUACAUGAAGAUGAUACAGUUCCACAGUUUCCUUGACUAUUUCAGUUUUGUAAAAAGCAGUCCCAGCGCUUGCACAUACAGUUAAAGAAACUAUGUCCCAAAUCGGGACCAGAGAGAGAGGUUUUCUAGGUGGCUGCCAAUCAACUUCAGAAGUUUCUCAUAUCGAGAGACUCUCCAAAGGCCUUUCUGUGUGUUGUGCUAAGGCAGUUUUAUUCAGACAAAAUUUUGCCACCAUGAGCAACAUUCUGGGGAGCGGGAGAUCGCAUGCCGCUGGUAGACGGCACCACAGACAGACCACAUGGGUGGGACGAGAGCAGACAAGGGCAGAAGAUUGGAUUUGACCCUUCCCAUUGUACUCUAGGCCACGUUCACCCCAUCAAACGUCAAAGGUUUCUGCGCACAUCUCCCUGGGGUCCCUGUGCUGCCCAGCUGGGUCAGUGAGCCUUCGUCUAAGAUUUCCCACGAUGCCCCAGAAUGAUGCUAUGUCAGGGAGAUUGUGGGGAAUUUGAAAUACAGGCUCACAGCCCCCUUCUGUUGCUGCUAGGUAACAUGACAAGGGCCCCACCAACAUUGGAAGGAGCCCACCAGAGAGUAUGCCUAGGACCUCCUCACACCUUGAAGUUUUUUGGCAUAUUCCUGUUGGCUAUUGGCGCAUCUCUCCAUCCUUCAUUCAGGAAAGUAAGAUACACGAUUUCAGUUCAAAGUUUUUCCAACCAGGCAAAAGCACUCGAGGAGGUCACAGAGCAGGAACAAUGGAAGGUCUGGCCUGAGGGCCCAGGCUGAGAGGCCCAGAAGGCCACAUUUAGCACCCAGGCCUGACGUUCUUGUGCCUAUAGAUUAAUAACUAAGCCUUAGCUUAGGAUUUGUGGGGUGGGGGCUAUCUAAAUCAAUGGAUGCAUUUUAAUAAAAGAUUUUCCCCCCGACGAUGAAAUAUUGUGAUUUUCAGAUUUAACCAAUGGAACAGCUAGUAACGUGCAUCAAAAGUGGGACAAGUGGGCAUAUAUUGGGCAAUGAGCUUCCACAGAAAAGCCUGUGAAAUGGAUACUUUUAAUGCAGAUAUAAUAAACAUGUAAAUAUUCCUGCCUUUGAUGUGGUGUGGCAGUGUACAUUUAACACCGCAUCUGUGUGGAUGGGAUAGGAAAAUGUGACAAAGUACUUUGUUACAGGACGCUGGCUUUAUGGUAAAUCUGCUUAAUUUGUGGUAGGAGCUUGGUCUAAAGCAGAGGUUUUCGAUGUUUUUGAGUCCGUGGCUCCCUUGACCAACUACAUCCUUUCUGCAACACCCCUGUGGGGCUCAGGAGCCCAGUUAUGUCACCCCUUGCCUGCAGAGCUGGCAACCUCUCACCCUUUUUUGAACAUGUUCCCUUGUGGAGGGUUCCCUCAGCCUCCUCUCCCCUCUCCUUGGGAGUCCUCUGGGCAGCCGCUGUUGUCACUGCUGGUCUCUGAGCUGCUCCCCUGCCCCAAAGAGAGGUAACUCCUCACACUGCCCCACGGGGGCCUGGGAAGCACCCCCUGGCCAGCCCCAGAGGCACCAUUCGCCUGGGGAGCUUGUAGCCAGGGCUGCUGCAACAAACAGCCAUGCAAGGCUUUGGGAGGCAGAGACGUGAGAGGGCAUCAGAGGGAGGGAAGGAAAGAGGGGCAGAGGCCAGUGUUGCCUGCAGCACCCCUGACCAUCAUUCAAGGCACCCCCUGGUUGAAAACCACUGGCCUAGAGACCACAGUUGUGACUUAGGGCCUGUGUAUAGCUAUGGGCAAUAGGUAGUCUGUCACCCUCAGUUCCUCUGUCUGCAAAAUGAGCAUGCCAGGAACCAGUUUAGUGGCAUUGUUAGGCAAGAUUAAAAUACAGAGAACGUGCUCUACAGUAGAAGUGACUAGAUGUAACAACACCUGCAAAGUUCUGCGUUUGCAACAGGGGCGAAGGUGGGAUUGGAGGUACUGGGGUUGAGAAGCUCGUCGGCUCUGAGUGGUUAUUGCGGCCCGUAUCACGUUCCCCUGGCAACGUUGGCUCAGGAAGUCAGCAGCCCACCACACGCCCUGUUUAGUUCUUUUUGUUGUUUUGCUGUGGUGCGGUGAUGAGGAGAGGGGAUGGGUUUUGGCUCCCCUUCUGAAAAGUUCAGUCUAUAAAACUUGAUUUCCCCCCUCCUGCUCCCCACCGCAAUCCUUGCAUAUGUCCCAGCUCCCACCCAACACGUGCAGACAGAGGCUUUUACUUGGAAAUAAGAGAAAGAUUAUAAUUCAGGCAAGUAACAAUACAGCAGAUAUGGUGUUCAGGAAUUACAAACCAGGAGUAGGGAAGUUCAGAACUGGGCGGAAGGGACAAAGAUGUCCUGACAAAUUUCCCCACCCCUCCCUCCAAGAUUCUGUGUUUAUCAACUACCUUUUGUUGUUGUUGUUGUUGAAUGGUCACUGUUAGUAAGGUAAGUAUGGUUCAGUGUUCCAAGAGUGAACUUUGUGUUUUCAUGUUCCCUGCACUUCUCACUCUUUCAAUCAAUGGUUUUCUCUUUUAUGGAAACCAUAGUUUUAUGCUAUUCUGUCCAAGCCCAGCAAACUAAGGUUGGCACUUGCCCACCAAACCAGGAUUGCAAACCAGUUUUUAAUUGCUAGCGGCUGCAAAGCCACAAGUUGUAGAUAUGUAAUAGUGGAUAUUAGUUGCUGAGUGUCAUUUAGAUGGGAGUGUUCUUUGUUUGUGUGGGUCUCGUUAGUUUGUAUUUGUUUACUACCUGGUUCGUUUUCGCUUUAUAAGUUUGAUAUUACGUUUCACACUUUGUUUGGGCCAGUAAACUGAAUUGGGCUGAAUCCUGGUUUGGCAGCAAAGUGCAUGUCACUAUAUGCUGGUUUGUAUGCAAACCAUGGUUUAUGUGAACUGCACUUGCUAAUCUUUCAAACUGGAUGUGUCAGGGAUGGAAUUUGGGGCCUUCAAAGGCAAAGCUUGAGCUUUACCAGUGAGCUGUGGCCCCUGCCACUUGCAUUUCCUUUCUAAAAGAAAUGUAUUUAAAUAUUUCCUUUUAUUACUUAAUCUAUUUUGUGAACGACUUCUUAAAGUGUCCCUUAAGGAUGGAUUUUUGACAUGUGGACCCAUAUUUCAAAACCAUCAAACAUUCUCUUAUUUUGCCUUGAAUCCGUCUUUAUAUAUACUAUUAUAUAUAGUCGUGGGGACGCGGGUGGCACUGUGGGUUAAACCACAGAGCCUAGGACUUGCCGAUCAGAAGGUUGGCGGUUCGAAUCCCCACGACGGGGUGAGCUCCCGUUGCUCGGUCCCUGCUCCUGCCAACCUAGCAGUUUGAAAGCACAUCAAAGUGCAAGUAGAUUAAUAGGUACCGCUCCGGCGGGAAGGUGAACGGCAUUUCCGUGCACUGCUCUGGUUCGCCAGAAGCGGCUUAGUCCUGCUGGCCACAUGACCCGGAAGCUGUACGCCGGCUUCCUCGGCCAAUAAAGCGAGAUGAGCGCCGCAACCCCAGAGUCUGCCACGACUGGACCUAAUGGUCAGGGGUCCCUUUACCUUUACCUACAUAGCCAUAGAGAGAACUCCCCAAAACUUUGUCCAAUAGUUCUUGCUCCAUGUGAGUCCCUGAGGGUCAAAUCAGACUUGAUACUGGGUCGGGGUAAGGUGAGGCUGCAGUGGGGUGACAGCACAAGUUUAACCCUUCCCCUCUGCUUUGUUUUCCUGACUUAAAUUCCCCCCACCCCCAUGGGAACCUUCCAUGGCUAAUAGUAGCUAUGAUGGGGUGGGGAAUUUAAGCCCGGGAAAUGGGAUGGGGAAAAGGUUAAACAGCCACCUCUCGCUCCCGCAAAGCAAAAUUGAGAGCAAUUGCAGAUGCGUUGAACCAAUGGCAGAUUUCCCACAUCUCAGUUUGGCUGUUGUCCAACACCUGCGUCCCAACACCUGACUCUAACUGCUACUAAUAGUACCAAACCUAUUUCCUGUUGCCUCUCUGAGAGCUGCUCUUUUACAUAAUUUAGUAAACAAACCAGGAGAGGUCAGUUCAGGUUAUGUCUUCAAAAAAAACAAAACAAAACUUAGAUGAGAAGCAUCUCAGUUUCCUCUUUUUCUAAGUCUUGGCCCCAAUUGCUCACCCAGCCCAGCCAAGGCCAAGGUUCGAUGGGGUCUUGAGCAAAGUGCGCCACCCCCUCAGUCCCAGGAUCCCUUUGGACUUACCUGGCGGAUGAGUGGCUGCAUCAAACUGACAUUUUCUGUAGCUCCCUAGAAGGAUGCUAUUUCCGGGGCAUUGUAGAAAAUUAAGAUGCCAGCCAGAGCCAGCUGAUCAACGAUAUUCAGGGGGCCAGGGCAGGCAUCAGCAGUGAGGACUGCUAGGUGCUGAGAUCCUGGCAGAUGACCACAGAUUCCCACCUGGGAUUGGAAAUCAGAUCGACUGCAGCAUUCAUUCAUUCAUUCAUUCAUUAUUAGAUAGCUUAUCUGCCCUUCACCACAAGAUACCAAGGGCAGGUUUACAAUAAUAAAAUAUCUGUUUAUUUUAUUUUAUUCUGAUACUAUUUUUAUACUGCUUACAUUUUUUAAAAAAAUAAAUAAAUCUCAAAGCGGUUUACAAAAGUAAAACACACAUUAAACCAAUAUCCAGUUAUAAAAUGGUUACAACCAUAAACAAGGGCAAUAGCAAUUAAAAACAGUCUGAUAAAUAAAACAAUUAAAUGUAUAAAAACUAUACAAACAUUUAAACACAAUUCUGCGUAUAAAAACUUUUUACCAAAAAAUAGUUAUGAUACAGAUGAUCCCCAGAUUUAACCAUUUAUAAAUUUAAUUGCUUAAUUGGUCAGGAUAAUUUUAAGAACCUGUUUUUACAGCGCAGGCCUGUGUAUGUCUACUCUGAACUAAGUCCUGUUCAGUUUUAGUGGGACUUGCAACCUAGUAAGAAUGUAGGACUGCAGCCUUUUAAUCAACUAAAAAUAACCAGUGAUAAAUCUAAGCAACACAAUCCCCAUUUUUUUAAACAAGGUCCAAAUUGUUGUAUGAUCACAAAAGGGACUUAGAAAAGAAAAAGAAAAUAUUAAGGAUGCCCUUUCCUUUUGUCAGUGAGUGGUAGUUUUUGUGUACAACUGAACUGUUAAGUUUUAUCACAUUUCUUUGAAUAUCCAAACAAGGUGUCUAUACCAAGUCCUUUGUAGUUUGCAGAUUUAACCAGAUUCUUUUCAAAAAGACAGAUGAUUGAUAAGAUAAGCAUUCCUUUAGUGGUGGAUACAGAAGCAUGUGACUCUCAGAAGCUUGCGCUAAUUUUUUUCCGCAUUCUUACCCGGGCUGUGGUUACAUUUAAAACAUCCCUGAUAGCUCAGUGAUGGUUUGGGAAACUUGAGAAGACAACAUACAUUUCCGUUCCGUAUGCUGGCAACCUCCUGUUCUUUUUUUAUAUAUGCAUCCUUCCUGUCUGAAGCAGCUCCUUUGAGGUCCCUCUGAGCUGACCAGACUGAAUUGGUUAGUUAGAAAGCUUUGUGCCAGUCCUUUUCUUCUGCCCAUUUAUUCAUUUGUUAAGCAGCAGGAGUAUUGAUAGAGCUAUUACAAUACGUACCUACAUAAUAAUAAAAACAACAACAACAGAACCCUCAAAGUCCAAAAGGGAGGAGGAAAUAAAGUUUCAUAUACAUCAGCUAACAAUUUACGUUUCCCUUCCCUUCCCUUUCGUUAUUUCCAUUUUGCAAAAACAGCUGGAAAUUUAGGACACUUCCCAUUCUGCUUCUAAUUUUCGGGUGGGAUUCUGUCACCUUCUGGCAAAUUCAGGCUGCACAACUAUAGUUGAUUGGGAGGUCUUGCACAACUAAGCUGCUUCCCCAAAUGAAUGGACUUUUUUUUGUGACCAGUAAAUUGAGGUGGGAAAUUUCCUGAAAAGCAUGAAAUAACACUUGCCUUGACCCAACAUCAUCUAACUUCUCCACAAACAAAUCAGAAUGAAUGCUCAUUAAAUAGGCAAUACCAUCUAACCUCCCUGCAAACAAAUCAGGAUGAAUGCUCAAUAAAUAGGUCAUCUGGAAGCGACCUUACAGGUUUGAAACAGUCUCUAGACAAUUACUCAUGUAUUAGAGUGGAACCUCGGAAGCUGAACGCCUUUAAACUCAAAUGUUUUAACUCCCGAACAAUCGAAAACCAGAAGUGAUUGUUCCAGUUUCUGAACAUUUUUCGGCAGCUGGACGUCUGGCACAGCUUCCGUUUGGCUGCAGGAAGCUCCUGCAGCCAAUCAGAAGCCACGCCUUGGUUCUCGAACCGUUUUGGGAGUUGAACGGACUUCCGGAACGGAUUAAAUUCGAGAACCAAGGUACGACUAUACAGGGAAAACACUCUGAGGGCAGGUCAUCUUCCCCAGUCAGACCAGUACUAUGUGAUACAGAUGUACUAUUCUUCUGUCAGGUCACUAGAGGUGGGGUGGGAGAUAACGUUAUUAUUUUUCAUUUUAUUAUUGUUAUUUUAUAAUGUUUACAUUCGGGGGGGACCCAGCUAUAAACGUGAGGUGCAUUCUUGCAGUUAUUGUCAGUUUUGCUUCAUAACUAUGGAAUGAUUGGCAAAUGAAUCUUCAUUCUAGUUGGAUGUCCCCCAGAAGACCAAGGGAGUUUUGUCCCUUUAACACCAGUUCCACUUUAAAUGUGUAACUUAAAACGCAGGAGUUCUAUUCAUAAUGAGCUGUGAGUUCCUGGCUGUAAGAUCCUUCCUCUUAGGUGAUGAAUCCAAACCAGCGGGCUUCGAAGUCAUAUUCCUAAUUAAUAUUUCUCUUCACUCUUAAUUGUUUAGUACGUUUUUCAGAGGCAACAUUAUUUUUAGUAGGUGGAACAGAGAACUUUUAUAGAUAUGAUUUGCCAUUUUGGAAAGGACAAGCACCCCAUCCCGAUCUUUUCCCCUCUGCCAUUCUGUUUGGUAUGACCUGGGGUGGGAGAAAUAGGGUCUCAAAAUGUCAGAGAUAUUGACCCCCCCAAAAAACAGGACUUUAAUCAGUCUCAAUAUGAAGGAAUAGGAGUGUGCUCCUGACCAUGCAGAGAGUGCUUUUUCUGCUCACUGAGUAAUCACAUGAAUAGCCCAGCUCCUAUCACUAAGUCUCAUCAACAAAUCACUCAUCACCAAGUAAUUAAAACUCUUGGAAACAAAAGAGAAGAACUAGGGUUAGGUCAGGUGUAAGUUUCAUAUAUAUAUAGUUUUGACCUGUCAUAUUGCGAAACAAAAACCUUGUCAAAGAGGUGAUACCAAAGUUACAAACCACAGCAGCCGUCUGCUUUCCAUUCUCCUCUUUGAAAAGACGGCGUUCUGCAACCUGUAAAUGCACAAUCCAUUUAUUUUCUAUAUAACCCUUGAUGUGUCCUGAAGGCCUUUUGUCUUGUAAAAUCUGACAUGGCCAAAACAGUAUUAUUAAUAACUUUAGUACUGUAUUACUAGCAGCAGUGGUAAUAAACAUGCCUGUAUUUGUGCAGUUUUCACCCCACCACCGCCUGGUAAACUAGACCGUUAUUAUUAUUAUUGCAGCUGGUUGUCCAUCUAUGACUGUCACUGUCUCAACAUGUUAAUUCUGCCCUAGCCACUUUUCUGUACAUUGGGAGGGAGAGGCUGAGUGUCCUGGGCUAAAGCCAAAAGGCUUUGACUUAGCAUCCUUACCUUUCGGAGACCAUAGGAAGAGGGGGUGCAUGGAUAAUGACUCCACUUGUGAAAAAUGCAGCCUUACAGAAAAUUUCCCUGCUUUUGGGAGACUGGCUGAGCAGUUGUCCUCUGACCCGUGCAAGAUCCGUGGAAAAUAUGACUCAGCAGUUAGAGAAUACGUGAUUCUUGGCCAUGUAUUAAUUCCUUUUCCACCCCCACACCUUCCAGUUGUCAGUCUCUUAAGGAUAAAACCAGGAUGACGAUUAUAUACUCUCUCUUUUCUCUCUGCCCCCUUCAUUACUGGAAUUCCUGCUGGUGCCGAUUUGAUGGCACAGCGCACCAGAUUUUGAGGGCCAAAAACAGGCUUCUUCCAUAAAUUCAAGGGCAUGCAAUAUGGAGGCAGACAUUCUGAACAGAAGCAACACCCUGUUUAGAUAUAAACCCAUGAGUGGUCCUCAAUGCUCCUUGUCCCUUUUUAAUCUGCAAGGGCAAAAUGGUCCCUGCCACAAAGCUAUAAUUUGGACUACGGUUCUACCAUGGAACUUGCUUUAGAUGUCAGGGCUUUGCUCCAUCAGAAAAAAAUAUGAGAUGCCUCUGAGCAAGUGCAGAAUCCUUUUUCCUCUCCGCCGCAGGACCACAAGCAACCCACACACCUUUGGAAUUAGAUAAAAGGGCAUCCGGGAUGUGACUUCCAAGAUUGGCAGAAAACAUGGCAUGUGUUGCUCUGGUCCUUGCCUUCAAGCCUAGCUGUUGACAAGGUGUUUGUGAUCUGGGGAUGCGGGUGGCGCUGUGGUCUAAACCACUGAGCCUCUUCUUGAGCUUGCCGAUCAGAAGGUUGGCGGUUCGAAUCCGUGCAAUGGGGUGAGCUCCCGUUGCUCUGUCCCAGCUGCUGCCAACCUAGCAGUUCGAGAGCACACCAGUGCAAGUAGAUAAAUAAGUACCACUGCGGCAGGAAGGCAAAUGGCGUUUCCGUGCGCUCUGGUUUCCGUCACGGUGUUCCGUUGCGCCAGAAGCGGUUUAGUCAUGCUGGCCAGUGACCCGGAAAGCUGUCUGUGGACAAACGCUGGCUCCCUCGGCCUGAAAGCGAGAUGAGCGCCACAAACCUAUAGUCGACUUUGGCUGGACUUAAUCGCCCAGGGAUCCUUUACCUUUAUUUGUGAUCCUUAAAAUCUUUUUAUUAAAACAAAUCACUUAAAUAUUUCUAAUUGAAACCUCUUAGACUUUUCUAUUUUUUAACUUUUCUGCUGACUCGCUUGACUGAUGAGGGUCCUCACUCAAUGUAUUUUUUAGAUGUGCAAAAUUUCUGACUGUGAUUUCACCUAGCUGGGUUGGACCUCAGCAUCUCUAAUUACAGAACUUCAGAACUCCUACACGAUGGGGGUAAUCCUAUCACUGGAGUAGGUGGGGACGAGAGAAAAAACCUGUGGGUUUUUGUUUUUUGUUUUGUUUUAAAGGUGCUGGAACUCAAACCUGACCUCGAACCAAAAUCUCUGGAUUUAUUUAUUUAAAGUAUUUGUUGUUUACCCUGUUCUUUGGCUGGAUAAAAGGUUCUCAGAACAGCUCACAAUAGCUGAUAUCAAGACAGUCCCUGCCCUCAGGGCUUGCAGUCUAAGAGACAUGUUACAAAAGGAACAUAGGUUGGAAGGGAAGAGGAAGAAAAACAAAUUUUUCUUUAGGCUUUAUUUCCUAAUAGCAAAGCAAGCUCCCUGCAUCUACCCCCUCUCUGGUUGCUGUCAGUGCCCCCCUUUGAGCGUCUCAGACCUUAGUGAUAGGUUUCAACACUGAAAACGAAUGCUGCGUAUACUCAGAUAUAAUUUUAUAUUCUUCUUCAGGUGGCCUCUUGCGUUUUUCUUGAUCUCAGUAGCAUAUUUGUACGUUCCUGUGACUUUUGAAUGGGUUUAAUGGGUCAGGCACACAGCGUUUGUGUGUCAGGCUGAGGGAACUGGUCAGAAAAUGGUAAACCAGGAACAGCAAGACUUGCUGUUCCUUUCUGCGGCCCAGCAGGACCUGCAAUCCUGCCUCCGGGAUGGGCUGUUUCCUCUUGGGAUUUAAAUGUACUGUUUAAUAGUAUUAAAAUAUUGACCUAGCCUUCCCUGGGGAGACCAUUGAAGAAUGGAUUACUUCUUUUUGCAUAGAGAUGCUCCCAGAUUGGGGGGGGCAGGUGUGUGUUUGUGUCUGCAAGGGAAGAGGGAAAGGAGAGUUGGUUGUGCAUCAGCUGGGAAGAAGGAAGCUUCUGAUUCCAUGAAAUUAGUUUGCUCUUUAGAAGUUUUAUCUCUUUUCCAUUUCAAACGUGCAACCUUCAGGAGUAGCUGAUGUGGAUUCUGUGUUCGAUUCCGAAUGCAAAAAUUGAUAAAAUCUCCCCAUCGUGUUAUAUGGUGAUUGGAAACUAUGUAGACUCAGAAUUGCAGUGGGAAUGCUUAUGAUCAGUUUUGGGGGUGGUGUGUGUUUUAAAAUGGACUUAUUUUGGAGAUGAAGUACUGUAAAUAAAAAAAAUGUCCAGUAGCACCUUAGAGACCAACUAAGUUUGUUCUGGGUGUGUUCUUUUGGAGAGAAUAACAGGCAAGCUUCAAAUAGCACUGUUUUUUCCAUUGAGAAUACUAAUAAUAAUAAUACUAAUAAUAAUAAUAAUAAUAAUAAUAGCAGGUCCCAACUGAUGUCAAUUUGAUGGUACUUUUAGAAGAUAUCUGAAGGCAAAGGGAAGUUUUUAAUCUUUAAUGUUUUAUUAGGUUUUAUAUAUUCUGUUGGAAGUAGCCCAGAUGGGGUAACCCAGUCAGAUGGGCGGUGUACAAAAAUAAGCACCAUCAUAAUCGGUGCUUUCCCCCUAGAAAAAUAGGUGCCAGUACUCACAAUGAAGUUGUUGCAAUAAGUGCCAUACUUUUUAACAACAACAAGAUUAAGAAAUCAAGAAGAGAGAAUUUUUAAUAAAAAGCAGGGAUCAUUUAUACUUAAAGAAUUAUUGUAAACAAUUUAAAACAUUGGCAGGAUUAACAUAAACACACGCAUAUUGCGAUGUUAAAAUUUUGAAUAUAAGUGAUUAAUUAUAAUUAGGUGGUGGAGAUGCAGAAAAAAGAAGAGGCAAUUUAUGUAACCAGAGAAAGGGAGGGGGAGGGAAGUCAAUAUCCACAUUAAAUGUAUGAAAUAAUAUUUUUUACGUUCUGUAAAAUGUGAAAAUAAAAUUUAUUUUUAAAAAGUGGUGGUGGUACUGUGUACCCUUGAGUACCCCUAAAAACACUGAUAAUGAUCACCAUCAUUUACCUAUGUUGGGGAGGUUAAUCCCAAUGAACUCAAGGGACUUACUUCUGAAUGGACUAUUCACUGUUGAUUUCUUUUUUUUGUAUGAGAGUUCAUUCAAGAAGAAGCGCUGCUCCUCUGUGAGGCUUGCUUCCUACAGACAGCCAACAGUGUCCUAACAGUUUUACUUAUUCCAUUUAUGACAUUUGCCUUCUUUCUUCUAUGGAAAAAAAUACCAUGGGGUUCAAGGGUGGCCUUCAACCCAGGGGCACUGUAUGAAUCCAGACCUGCUUGUCCAAAGUCCGGCCCGGGGGCCUAAUCCGGCCCGCUGGUCAGUUUAAUCCUGCCCCUGCAGCAGUUUAUUUUUAUUUCCUGGUGUAAAAUCCUAAAAGACGGUCAACAACUUAAAUCCUAAAAAAAGGUCAACAACUUUGGUCGGCCCUCAUGCAUGUUCACGUCAUCAAAUCUGGCCCUCUAUGUUUGGACACCCCUGUCUGUGCAUUCAUAACAUGCCUUGGGACGUGUGUGCCAUAAUCACAGCACCCCCCCCCCCAAAAAAAAAUCAGGGCGAGGGAGAAUGUCAGCCUGCAAUUAAAACUUUAAUUUGUUUAAGUGUGAUGUUUACAGCCCUGGUGGUUUGGUUUUGGUUUAAAAUAGCCAUUUGCCUUUAUGGUAAUUUACCAAGUACAGUGGUACCUCUGGUUAUGUAUUUAAUUCGUUCCAGAGGUCCGUUCUUAACCUGAAACUGUUCUUAACCUGAAGCACCACUUUAGCCAAUGGGGCCUCCUGCUGCCACUGCGCUGCCAAAGCACGAUUUCUGUUCUCAUCCUGAAGCAAAGUUCUUAACCCGAGGUACUAUUUCUGGGUUAGCGGAGUCUGUAACCUGAAGCGCAUAUAACCUGAAGCGUAUGUAAUCUGAGGCACCACUGUAAACCAUUGAGUCAUGCACUCCUCACAUGCUCAGGGACACUUCUUUGUUAUGGCUACAUGCACACCAGGCCUAAGCCCUGACUCUGAAAGCAGGUUUCCGGGUUGUCCCAGAGCCCUUGUUGAAUCAAGCCCAUCUGCAUAUCUGGGAUUAGGGAGAAGGGUGUCCUGGGCAGAGCAGAAACACUUGAUUUUAUAAAUUAGGCACCCAUUGAAUUUGUACAAUAUGGAGCCUUGGAGGAAUGCCGAUUUUUUUUCCUUUCAAGUGAUUCUAUUUCUCGUGGGUGUGAGUGUUAAAUAAAAUGUAAUAAAUUCUGUGUAGUUUGUGAGUGCAUUUUCUUGAGGCAGCAAACAAAGUUUAAACCGUCAGGUGAAAGUAUAUUUUGAACAACGAAGAGUCUUGCAGGAUAUCGGGGCGCUUCCAAACGACCAGUUUAUUGAGUGUUCAUUCUGAUUGGUUUGCAGGGAGGUUGUGUGAUGUUGGGUCAAGCAAAUGUCCCAUGGUUUCUGCUGCACAUUCCCCUCACUUUCCUUAUUGCAAAAAGUCUGGGUUUUGAUACUGGUUUGUUGUGCAAGAGCACCAAAUUGACUGUCGUUGCAGAACCUGAACCUACCUGUAUGUGAAUGAAUCCCACUCACAAAAUGGCAACAACAGUCUGUUAGGUCUUUUAGUCCGCACAAGCAAAUGUCAAAAAAUUGUAUGGGUUUUUAAGCAAACACAAACAAAAUGACCUUUAUACCCUUAGCCAGCAGUGUUUGUUUUUUCCGUUGUCUCUAGACAUGCACUUACACAGUUAAAAUUCAAACAUAUUACUUAACGUGACCCCUCCACUGAGAAUAUUGGGCAGCUGAUAUAAGAAAGUCUUGAUUUUGGUCAUUAACAUAGCUAAAGAAAGGGGCCCGCGUUUCUUGGAAGGUGUCUCUAUUUGUUGAGCCUUUAAUUACCUUCCUGUGUGUGGUGAGAUGCUCAUUGCUAUAACAAAGAUACUAUUUCCCCACAUGUUCAGAGAAAUUGGGGUUGUCCUUAAGGUGCCAUAAGAUCCUGUGGUUUGUGGUGGAUUUGUCAUAGUGGGGAAAAUGUCCACUCACCUAUGCUAGGGCACCUGAUUUUCACAGAUCUCCGUCAUACCUAAGCCCUGCAUCUCCUUCCCCCACCCCCAAAUCUAGUCGUUUAGUUGUGUCUGACUCUUCGUGACCCCAUGGACCAGAGUACGCCAAGCCCUCCUGUCUUCCACUGCCUCCCGCAGUUUGGUCAAACUCAUGCUGGUAGCUUCAACAACGCUGCCCAACCAUCUCGUCCUCUGUCAUCCCCUUCUCCUUGUGCCCUCAAUCUUUCCCAACAUCAGGGUUGGGAGCCUUCUCUUCUCAUGAAGUGGCCAAAGUAUUCAGGAUCUGUCCUUCCAGUGAGCACUCAGGGCUGAUUUCCUUAAGAAUGGAGAGGUUUGAUCAUCUUGCAGUCCAUGGGACUCUCAAGAGUCUCCUCCAGCACCAUAAUUCAAAAGCAUCAAUUGUUUGGCGAUCAGCCUUCUUUAUGGUCCAGCUCUCACUUCUACUCCUAAAAUGGGCUAACUGAGCCGCUACUUGUUUGCAUAGGAACCUGGGCAAUCUACUCUGUCCACUUACACUCAAGUGUGACUUACAUUGGUGCUAGAUAAUACCACAUUGCAGCACCUCUUCCAGGGAAUUUCUCGUGAGCAUUGAGCAGGAUCGGGAAAUUUGUACUGCGGCGAAACUGCUACUCAUUUAAUUUUGGGGAAGAUUGUGGGUGCUGUCCUGAAUGUGGGGCAAGUCAAGAUUGCCCCCACCUCUGUUCAUGGAGCCCACCUAGGAUGGUCCUACACAGUGGUGUUGACUGCAAGGUAGAGUGGAAAAUGCCACCCACCGCCUUAUUAAAAUGGCAAAAUCUAUUUCUAUCUGUGUGUGGGUGAAUUGGGGGUGGCUAGAGGGGCUAUUAACCUGGCUGUUAAUUUUUUCCUUAGAUCAUACUCAGUGAUCCACAUUAAAUGUACACAUACCAGAAAUGGUCUGCCAUUUUCCGACUGGUUUGGGGGCUUACAGAGGCGACUGGAAGGUGUUUUGGUUUGGCAUUAAGAGAUGAUUCAUGGACAUUCCAAACCAACCUCUUGUGCCUAAGCACGAUGACUGCAAAUCUAUGACUAAACUUUCCUAAUAAUUUAUGUUUUAGUCAUAUAUGAAGCUUCGUAUUUUUAGUAUACUGUAUAUAUCUAAGUUUUUUUUUAAAAAAAAAACACCUCUUGCUGUAGCAGGAGGGAAAAUCCUCCUCAUCAUUUAUAUUUCAUCACUCCAGUUCCUCUCCCCCACUCCCACCCCCACCCCAAUUUAUCAGCAGCAAAAUACAUUUUGCAUUCUCCUUCCCUUCCAUCCCAACCUCACUUAUGGAUAGUGUUAGAUUUGGGGGGGGGGACAUAUUUGAACCCCCAAAUAAGAGGCAAAGCACAUACUGAUAUCCGGCAAAUUCUGAUAAAAACAUUUUUUGUUUCAGGAAGCCCAGCCCGAUAUGUAGAAGUUACAUGUGUUUUAUUUCCUUUUAGCUGCUGUUGAUGUCAAUAAUCUUUUGAAUAUUUGUAAAUACCAGUUUUUCAACUGUUUUUUUUUAAACUGGCAAUUUCAAUGUUUUAUAUUUUUGUAAACGGCUUAGAGGUUUUCUCGCAAUAAGCGGCGCAUGCAUUUUAUUUAAUAACCAAAUAGAGGUCAAGAUUUGCAUCAUAUUUGCAUAUGCUAAUGUAUAGGUGUAGGUGAAAAUUUAUAAAGGGCGAGUGUCAUUUAAACAGAAAUGCAUCACAGUUUGGGAAGGCUGAGGCCAAGUUUCACUUCCCUUUCUCCCCCCCCGCCCCCGUAGAUGUUUUUUGUUUCACUGCCCAUUUAAAAAUAAUUAAUUUGAUACAGUGUUGGUGACUUGGUUCUGUAUUCUACUCUUUCAUAACUUUAUGAUGCGUUAAUGAUUUUAUGGUACACUGCCGUGGUAUUUUUUUAAACAAAGCUGGAACAGAGUGAGGCACCUUCCCCCGUGGGCAAAUUUUAGUCACCCAAAAGGGUGGGAUUUGCAUAAGCUUGACCCAGUUCACUGGCACAAACCAUUGCAAUGAAGCUCCAGUUCAGUGGGGCCGUUACAUAAUGUCUGCAAUCAGUGUGUUAGGAAUGAAAAGUUGGGUUGUAUACAAGUAAGUUCUAAUCAAGGGUAUACCCACUGAAACCAAUAGGCCUACGUUAGUCAUGUCCAUUGACUCCCAUGAGUCUAGAACUAUCAGCCCAAUAAACCUCUAGGGAGUGGCAGACUGUUUAGACGGGGGUUAGGUACACAACAUAAAUGUAAAGCACACUUGCACGUUGCUUCCCCCUUGAAAGAAUCAUGGGAACUGUACUUUACUCCCUCGCAGAGCUACAAUUCCCAGCACCCUCAGCAAACUACAGUUCCCAGUUGGGGAAAGCCCAGGUGCUUUCUAUUGCUGUGUUUGGGGAUCUUCCUGCUUAUUAGCUUUUAUUAUUAUUAUUACAGUGGUACCUCGGGUGAAGUACUUAAUUCGUUCUGGAGGUCAGUUCUUAACCUGAAACUGUUCUUAAUCUGAAGCACCACUUUAGCUAAUGGGGCCUCCUGCUGCUGCUGCGCUGCCACCGCGCGAUUUCUGUUCUCAUCCCAUCUUAACCCGAGGUACUAUUUCUGGGUUGGCGGAGUCUGUAACCUGAAGCGAAUGUAACCCGAGGUACCACUUUAUUAUUAUUAUUAUUAUUAGUAGUAUUAUUAUCAAUAAUAAUAAUAAUAAUAAUAAUAAUAUUACCCUGCCCAUCUGACCGGGUUGUCCCAGCCACUCUGGGCGACUUCUAACAGAAUAUAAAAACACAAUGAGACAUCAAACAUUGAAAGCUAUAUAGGGCUGCCUUCACACUCUUUGCGGCUUGGACUGCGUGCACAUCUGUGUGUAUUACAUGGCAGGGAGUGGGGUGGAAUGUCAUUUAGAGCUGCCAUAUAUCUGGAUUUUCCCAAACAUUACCUGGAUUUCAAAGGUGAAACUUUUGGUGGUUUCCUUUAAAAAAAACACACCAAAAAAACAACAGCUUAGCAUCUUUCUGGGUGUCCCGGUUUUCAUUUUUUGAAAUGUGGCCGCCCUAUUAUCCUUCAAAUUUUCCACCUCAGAUAUCCAAAGGUUUUAGACAUGCUGUGUGAAUAAGUUUCUCACAGCCAUCCAUGCGUUCUUGGGUGUUUCUCUCCCCCCCCCCCCCCCCCGUUUUCUGGCCAUCCGUCCCAAGUCUUUCUCUGUUUCUGUCCCCUUCUCGCUUUCUCUGAAAAUAGAAGCUGUGUCUAUUUCUGAACCGGAAGCUCAUGUAGGGGAGGGGAGUGAGGUAGAGGGAUUGGGUGGGGGCCGGGGGGCAAGAGGGAAGUGGCGAGGUAGAGAAUUUGGUAAAGGUCAGGGGGGGUAAGAAGGAAACAGAGCUGUUUUUGCAUCUGUCGCCGUCACUUCAAGCUGCUUAGCUUGAAGAACGAAAAGAUGGAGCGAGUGUCAUUUGGAUGGAGCUGUUCUGCUGGGAGUGUGUGUGCGCGGGGAAUGUCCUGGAAAUAUAUUGACCGCUGGAAAGUAGAUCAUAGCACUGAACUAUUAGGGCUGGGUGCAGUAAUUGAUGAAGCCAGCUGGAAUACAGACAGGAUUAUCUCCUGUGGGAAGAGAUAAGGAGUCAAAAGGCUUCUUCCAUACAGCAUUGGAACCCAGACUGCCCCCCCCCCCAUUACUGCAACAGUCCUCUGUGGGAUAAGCAUUUAGGCUCCGCUUCCCUGCUUAAGUUUUGAGCCACAAAGACUCCUGGGGGGGUUUAUGGCCUCCUCCAGACGAUUCCAAGGAAGCAGACGAUAAAAAAAUGUAUUGCCGUUUGCUUGAAUUAUCACACAGAGAUAACUUGCUCACGGGGCUGUUGUGAGGAAAGAAAUAAUCUUGAUGUCCCAUACGCACCCUCAAAUUAUCUGGUGGAACAAUGGAAUCCAAACAAGGCAACGUAGGUUACGUCCGCACCACACAUUUAAAUCACAUUUGUACACUUGAACAGUCCUGGCUUCCCUAGAGAAUGGUAGUUUACAGAGCAACAGUUCCCACCACUCGUAGCAAACUGCAGUUUCCUGGAUUCUUUGGGGAAAACUAUGCUUUGAACCUAUGGGACACGGGUGGCGCUGUGGGUAAAACCUCAGUGCCUAGGACUUGCUGAUUGUAUGGUCGGCGGUUUGAAUCCCCGCGGCGGGGUGAGCUCCCGUCGUUCGGUCCCAGCUCCUGCCCACCUAGCAGUUCGAAAGCACCACUAAGUGCAAGUAGAUAAAUAGGUACCGCUUUAUAGCGGGAGGGUAAACGGCGUUUCCGUGUGCUGCGCUGGUCCUGGCUCGCCAGAGCAGCUUCGUCACGCUGGCCACAUGACCCGGAAGUGUCUCCGGACAGCGCUGGCUCCCGGCCUCUAGAUUGAGAUGAGCGCACAACCCUAGAGUCGGACAUGACUGGCCCGUACGGGCAGGGGUACCUUUACCUUUACCUUUAUGCUUUGAACCUAAAGUCAAUGUAAACCUUAGUUACCUCCUCCACAUCCACCAUUCUUCCUCCCAAGUAGUUCUUCCUUUCUGUGUUUGGAAGGUAAGGCCCUCUGCCUCCUCCUGCAUAGACUAUCAAGCCUAGAUAAAUGAUGGGAGAGGUUAUAACAGUGCAAUCCCAUGCAUAUCUACUCAGGAGUAAGUCUCACUGAGAUGAAUGUGGAUGGUUUCUUGUUAAAUAUGUAUGGGAUUGCAGUCUAAGUGGUGUAAGGGCUUUCCCACAAUUCCUCUUGUCCCGCUGCUUCCAUGUGCCCUCCCCAACAAAACCUGCUCUUUAGUGCUCAAUCGCAGCAAACAACAAUUCAGGUUUUCUCUGGAUUGACGUUUGCUCCAAUUUUGCAGUAAAGAGCAGCUUUUCCCUCGGAGACGAGUGGGGCACAGGGAAAACUGUGCCUAGAAAGUGUGGGUGAAGCAGAAAACUCUGCAGGGGGUUGGACUAGAGGACCUUUGGGGUCCGUUCCAACUCUACGAUUCUAUGAUUUUGGGCAUGAGACACAUCAUGCCCAUCAUGCGUGGGCAAGCCCAGUCUUCUUGUUCCGAAUAUCUGAGCUCAUGGAAUCAAGCCGAACACUUGUAGCUUUUUCUUUCCCCUUCAUGUAAAUUAAUAGGUUGGAGUUCAUUGUCUCAAAGUUAGACGUGAUGGUAAGCUUUUUAAGACAGGGUUUUCAGACAAAUUCAAGAGAGAGAGCUCUAACAGCGCCCAUUCACCCAGCUAGCCAAAGAUGAAAGUUUGAUCUCUUGUUUAUCUCCACCAUAUUGAAAGUUUGAUGUUCAGAAGUACAAUAUGACUGAGAUGCUGAAGAUUACAAUCUUUGGUUUAUUAUCUCCAUCGUGCUCUUUGAGCUUCUGGCUGGUCACAGUCUGGAGGCAGAAGGCUGGGGUUUCACAGACUUCUUUUGCUCUGAGGCAGUGUUUAUGUGGUUAUUCCAGUUUGAAUAAUUUCGUAGGGACUGCAGUUUGAAUUCAGGGCAGCGGCUCUUAGCAACUGAUGUUAGUACAUUCAUUUUGAAAACUUCUUGUGCCUUAACCGCAAAACAACCAACCCAGCAACGUGGGGCUAUUUUAUUCCUGUUUUACAAAUGGUUGUGUUUUCUCUCUCCCCUUCCCUCCGCAACGCUGUUUAGGAGGAUGUUUCCAUUUCUGAGCUUCAACAUCUCUGGACUGGACCCCGUCGCCCAUUACAGCAUCUUUGUGGACAUUGUGUUAGUGGAUCAACACCAUUGGCGAUACCAAGGCGGGAAAUGGGUGCAGUGCGGCAAAGCAGAAGGAAAUAUGCCAGGUAUGAGAGAGGAAUUAUCUUCCAGUGCAGAGUUAGACAUAUUAGCCCAUGGGUAGGGAAUCUACAAAAUCCACAGUUGGGCCAUGACUUUAUUAGGACUAACCAAAAUGUCACAGAACAGCAGCAAACUUUUGAAUUCCCCAGUGCUUGAAAUCUUGCCACAGUUUUGUGACCACUUCCUAUUGACAAGUGUUCUUUCAACUUAGGUCUUCCUAUGUUUGUUGGACUACAGUUCCCAUCAUCCCCAGCCAGGUCAGUCAGGGGAGAGAGGCGAUGGGAGUUGUAGUCCAACAUCAUCUGAGGAAAAACAUUGCUACAGAACACAUUUCCUUUGUUCCCCCUUCAUUCCUUCAUCAUGGCUAGUUUCUUUAUAUAUGUUUUCCCACGGUAAACCAUUCUCAGAAAGUAGCUCACAUCAGGAAAGUUUGCAUCAUAAUAAUAAAAAAAUAUUCACUUUUUACAUUUAUAUAUCACCUUUAUAUUCCAAGGUGGUGUAUAUGGUUCCCUCCCCCCCCCCAUUUCGGCCUUACAACAACCCUGUGAGGGAGGUGAGGCUGAGAGGCAGUGACUGGCCUGAGGGGCUUCAUGGCUGAGUGGGGAUUCGAACCCUGCUCUCCCAGGUGCUGGUACAAUGCUCUAACCAUUAUGUCACACUGGCUCUAAAAUACAGCGCCAUUUCAAGAAAACCAACCGUUGCAAAACAUAACAGCAUUUAAAUAGUCAUUAAAAAAUUAGAUUGGCAAUUGAAGAGCUCAUAUUAACAAAUACACACUAAGGCUAAACAUUUCACUAACAAUUUAGCCUAAAUAAUAAUAAUAAUAAUAAUUUUGUAUUUAUACCCCGCCCUCCCCAGCCAAGGCCGGGCUCAGGGCAGCUAACAAGCAAUAAUAAAAACAAGUUGAAUGAAUGCAACUUAAAAACAAGAUUAAAAUACAGCAUUAAAAUAUUGAAACAAAAUAUUAAAAUGCAGCCUCAUCACAGGAGGAGAAAGGAAAAAGAAAAAAAGAGGGAGAGGGAAUCAAAUUGGCUCCAAGCCAAAGGCCAGGCGGAACAACUGUGUCUUACAGGCCCUGCGGAAAGAAAUCAGAUCCUGCAGGGCCCUGGUCUCAUGAGGCAGAGCGUUCCACCAGGCCGGAGCCAGUGUUGAAAAGGCCCUGGCUCUGGUUGAAGCUAAUCUGACUUCCUUAGGGCCCGGGACCACUAGGGUGUUGCUGUUUAUGGACCUUGAGGCUCUCCGUGGGGCAUACUGGGAGAAAUACAAAAAUAAUCCACCUUGGCAGCUCAGUUGGCAGAGCAUGACACUCUUCAUCUCAGAGUUAUGGGUUCAAGCCUCAUGUUGGGCAAACGAUUCCUGCAUUGCAGGAGGAUGGAAUAAAUUACCCGUCAUGGUCUCUUUCAACUCUACAAUUCUGAGAUGACACAAAUGCCAGCUAAAUGUUGCCCCCAACAACAACAACAACUGUUAAAUUACUUGGGGCCUUAUCCUGCUAGGCUGCAUGGAAAUGAGCCAGACAGAGAAGCAACAUCUAGGUUUUGCAGGACUCAUGCAAAGUGAGGGGAAAGCACUCUGCAAAUUCUUGUGGGAUUUCUUGCAUUUACUUCUACUUCACGCGUGAAUCUUGUGCCAAAUUCAACGUAACGACUCUCCUCCAAAAAGUCGUAUAUGAAAGUUCUAACCAUGAGAAUAUUUGAAGAAUUUUGAAUAUGGGAAAUUGUUCUAAUCUAGCUGGGUUAUUUAAGACCUUUUUCGGCGGGAGCCCAAAUUCAGCCUUUCGUUCUUGGUGGCAGUUUUCAAUUAGACCCUAAGUGAAUUUGGCAAGGGAAAGUUCUGAAGUCCACCCCCCCUUUUCUCCUACGCAUGAAUUUGCUGAGCGGUGGGUGGGUGGGGAGACUUUUAUUUUCCCGUAAUGUGGAUUCCCUUUUAUUUAACUGAUAAUUUAUUUACUUGAACUUUUAUACUCCUCAAGUCUUACAUACCCAGUUUAGAGCAUUUGCAGAGAACUUUUGAACAAAGGCAUCACAGCAGUUUUAACUUUAAAAAAAAAAAAAAAGUUUAUUUAAAUCUAACCAAAUACUUUUGGAAAUGAAAUCACAGUACAUCUUUUUUUUUUUAGUCCAGCAGCUGCUGCCUUUGCCCUGUUUGCUCUGCAGCGCCCCCACCUCCCCUUUCUCAGGAGCUACAGCCCCAUCUGGUGGUCCAGAGAAGAAACUGAAUCACUUCAUUGUUAAAGCAUAGUGCUUUGCACAGAACCAACGUUUUGAUAGCGUUUUGCAUUUCCUUUGCUACUACCUAAACCACUAGUCUGCACCCCAUGCAUUUAGUAUUAAGAGCUGAGCAUCCAGGGCAGAGGACAUGACUUUCUGCUUAACUUGAAUGCUGGCACCUUUCUUUUUAAAGCUCAAGAAUAUAACUACAUGCUCUCUCCAGGGAAACUUGCCUUAUGUUAUAUACCCAUGUCCUUUGCAUUAUACACCCAUGUCCUUUGUGUGCCAAGCAAAGGCCUUCUUUUGUUUUCCCAGAGCUUUUUAAAUAUUAGCUGAACAUGGUUUUAACCUGCUGCGAUGUAUUAACUCUGCCAUUUUUAAUUCAGCUUCUUGAGCAUUUAUUGUUUGAAUGGUUUAUAAUGUUAACAGUCCUUGAAGUUAUCUGUACAUCAGGGGCAGGAUGUAAGUUUAAGAAGAAACACACACACACACACACACACACACACAGAGUGAACAAAUAACCAAAUGAAAUAUUAUAAUUCACUUUCAGUAAAUUUAUUUUACAGAUCAGUCCAUGUCAUAGCUCUCAACCUUUCCCUUUUCUUGCGAGGAAUUCUAUUCGGAAUAAGGGAAUUUCCCUUUAAAAAAGGGAAAAGUUGACAGCUAUGGUCCACGUGAAUCAUUAAACCCUUUCAAAGUGCACAAAAAAUAUUUUUCUUUCGCUUUUUACGUUGUACACUCCUUACACCAUCUUGGUUUGCUAGGAUCAAUACAUACAUUUUGCUCUAUAUUUGAGAGAUUCACCCACUGACCCCCCUCUAAAUUCUACGCAGCGACUUAUAUUUAAUCUUCCAUCUGUCCAACAGCAGGCAUUCAUUUAAAGUUCACUGUGAUUCUUGCCUCUUCCACCUGCAACGGGAAUCUGAAAUGAUAGUCCCGGUUGUGAUCUUAUCUUGGACAAGGUCAUCAAUUUGCUUCCUAUUGGGCCUGGCUCCAUAAUGCAGGGCUGGGGGGCAUGAAUGAAACCUGCAGCAAUGACUGUCCCCAGUUGUUGCUGCUGCUGCUGCUACGUGCCCACUCCCAUCUGCCUGCACUGCUGCAGCUGCCAGCCUCUCUUUCACGAUCAUAGACUUACCCACCUGCAGUACCAUAAUUGGACAGGAGCUGAGCCGCCAGCUGGCACCCAUCCUAUUACACCAGGUGGGCAAGGUGUCAGUUCAGCCAGGUGUGUGCACCCCAGUGUGCUUAACACCAGGCCUGGCUUCUCUGUGCUAUGCUCCAAGCUCUGAAACAAUUUUCAACACUGCUUAUUUAUCACGACUUCCAACAAGAAACCCUUGGCAUGAUUGUUGGAGCUAAGGAAGAGCUCUCAGCAGCCCCACAGUCCAGCAGUUCCUUAGGGUUCUUUGUGUUAGAAUUUCUGCUCCAUGAUUGCAGUCAUGGGAUUGUUGACUUUCACAUGACAGUAUGCGUUUUGACUCCACAGAGUGGGAAGUGACGGAGACAGGAUGCUUGUGUUACUGUGUUCCUUGAAGUGGGACUCUUGUCCUUUGUUCUUUCUCUUUGCUGUCUGAUGCUAGAGAGAGAGAGGGAGCCAUGUUGCAGUGCAUCGUGUGUGUUUAUAUGUAAAUAAAGUAGAUUAGCCAAAAUGCUGAGUUGCUGGGGUUCUGUCACACAAGCUGCAAAGACUCUGCGAAUCCCUUAGUGUGUCUGUUGGCAUCGGUCGCUGUGAUGUUCGGGCAGAAGAAAGCUUUUGAAGCUCCCGAACGAAAGACCAGGAGGGAGAGAAAAUGCCAGUCGGGCAUGUGUCUCUGCCAGGGUCCUACUCGAGUGUAGGACGAGCUCCUGACACGUUGUAGGACAAUCCAGCUGGAGUGAUUUCUAAGCAGUUUAAAUGUUUGUUGUGUAGACCAACACUAGGGCUGUCUGUGCUUUGACCUGGACCUAGGCAGUAAGGCUGAGAGAUGCUUACUAGAAAUGCCCUCUUUCCGGCAGGGAAUCGGACGUACAUGCACCCGGAUUCUCCCAACACCGGAGCCCACUGGAUGCGGCAGGAGAUCUCCUUCGGGAAGCUGAAGCUCACCAAUAACAAAGGAGCAUCCAACAAUGUCACACAGGUAAUGGUGGCUUCCUAAAUCGGCUUUCUCCUCCAAACAAACAAGCAAAACCAGGAGAGUUAAUGUCAUGGAAUAUACUGACAUAACAUUAUUCAUGGAUCCUGUUUGUCCGGCAGAUGAUCGUGCUACAGUCCUUGCACAAGUACCAGCCCCGUCUACAUGUCACUGAGGCCAAGGACGGCGAGGUGGACAAAGUACACCCUUCCAUCUGUAGCCAGACCUUCACCUUCCCAGAGACUCAGUUCAUUGCCGUUACAGCGUACCAGAAUGCUGACGUGAGUUUGCAAUCUCGGUCGCGACUGCUCACCGUUUGGAUAACAGAUGGGAUAGAAGGGGUCGGGUCGGGUCUGGGAAAUAGGGUCAUAUUGGUCUGUGCAGGGUUUGGGAACUGAGGUAUGCAUUCACCUGGAAUCUGUGAGUGCGGGUUUUUCAUAUUUCAGCAUCGGUGUAACCUCAGAACAUGCCGAAAAUAUUUGAAACUCGAGUGCUUCUGAGCAUAAGCGAGAGUGUGAGAGUGUAGAGGAAGGGGAGCUGUGUUGCUUGCCACAAGUUUUUAUAAUGCACUAGUUAAUAACAUACCUAUGAUAUUUGUGUAGGCAUAUAAACUUAUCACGGUAGGCUUGCUAACUAGGAUGAAAAUAACUUUCUGCCUGUGGCAAAACGUUCCUGGCAAAAAGACAUUUUUUCUUAAUUGAGGGGUGAUGUCCUCCUCAACAACAGAGUAACAACUUGUGUGUUUAUUGCACAUAAUCUGAUAGCCCGUAAAAGCUCACAGAAGACAGAUUCUACCACCUCCAUAGGCAGUGAUGAUGUUGACUGACACCAAAUGUUUAACAUAGCUUUAUAAAGAUACUAAAAGCUAUGGUGCUUGUGACUUCAUAAACAAGAAGUGGGAGAGUUCAAACCAUAGUUUAGUGUGAUGAUAACAAGCCACAGCAAGCCUCACGCUUGUGUGCUGCCCACCAACCCCACCCAAAUCUACCUUUCUCUUUUACUUAACCACAGCUUUGUAGUGUUAUCUAAAACAGCUUAUUUUAAGUUCAGGUAGGUAGCUGUCUUGGUCUGAUGCAGUCGAAAUAAAUAAAUGUUUUAUUUAUGUUUUAACAUUUUGACAUUUGCCAUCCUGGGCUUCUUUGAGAUGGAAGGUGAGAUAGAAAUUUAAUAGGGAAUAACUAUAAAUGACAAUAAUAAUCCGACCUGGCAAGAUGUGCUUAAUGUUGACCAUGGUUUGUUGGAAACAAGCCAACUGUAAACCAUGGUUAAUUAAGCAUGACAUCCAAAAGUGAUUCCUUGGUUUACAGACGCUCUCUUGUUUAGAGAUCUUCAAUGGCAGAAAGUUGUGCUUGUGAGCAAAACGGGUUCGGGUACAUGGAAGGCACAGACAGGAUUAUAAAUGCAUUACUAGAUCACUGUUUGCUCUGGUCACUCACAUUCCACACCCAACACAGUGGAUUUCUGUGCAGCAGCUACAAAAUGUGAAGAAAUGUGCUUUCAUUCAUCCCAUCAUUCACUACAUCGGUACCCAAAUCCCAUCAUCAUGGGAUUUGGUGGCAGGAAUAAAGGAGGUAGAGGAAUGGAAGCAAAUAAACGGCUAUGACGGAAUUUGGGAGUAUAUGGGGUGCAACAAGGUACAUCUAUUUUUCUGGUACUGAACUUCAGAACAAUAGCUUUCUUCUUUGUUUUCGCUUAGAUCACCCAGCUGAAGAUAGACCACAAUCCUUUUGCUAAAGGCUUCCGGGACAACUUUGAUUCGUAAGUCUCUCUUCUACUUGCCCAGUGUCAAUUUGGCUUGCCUGUUUGAGUACGCAUCGGUCCCGGGGGGGAGACUAUUGUGGCAACGUCCCGAUUUCAAUUUUUAAACUCUGCAUCAGAAUCCUGCAAAAAUACUCACAUUCUCCUACACCCACCUACUUCAACCGUUUCUGUUAAGAGCUAGGUUUUUUCCCCCUUCUAGCACCUGGGGGGGGGGGGAAUAUUUCAUACAGUAGAUCAGUUCAGAUAGUGCACCAAACCACAACUCUAAAGGAAGCUUUAACUAUAGUUUGGCGCGAUUCCGUAAUGACAAACCGUGGCCUUCAAAUAAAGACAGCAAAGCCAAGAAGCAGAAGCUGUGGUUUGAAGUGGGUUUUGAAAGUGGUGUGCUGUCCCAUUUAAGACAUUAACUUCCUGUUUCGCCCUGUCCAUUUCCUGUCUUCCAGGAUGUACACCACGGCCGAAGGAGACCGCACAACUCCAUCCCCGCCCAGUGCCGCCAGCUGCCAGCAGCUCCUCACCAGCAGCCGCUUCCAGCCCUUCUUGCACGAUCAGUACACACUCCCUCAGAGCCGCUUCUACAACCGGGAGCGGGCCCCUCUGCCUCUGCCGCCCAAGGAGACCCACCACUGGUAUUUCGCUUCCCAGCAGCCCCCUUCCGCCCCUCUGGAAUACGGCACCUACGAGGGUGACUUCAGAGGGAACAAAUUCAUGCCGUACGGGAUGAAGCCCUUUGCCCUGCAGGCGGCGCCGCACCCCUCCUUGCCCUAUUACCAGGAGCAUCCCUUUGGGCCCCCUGCCACCUGGAGCUCCCCACCUCAGUAUCACCACCCCAAGCCCACCCCAGGGGCCUUGAGCUGGUUCCGGCCCAUGAGGGACUUGCAGGCGGUGCCCUCUGCUGACGAGAAAGGGAAGGACAGCGAAGGCUGGGCCGAGCCCGGCUCUGUGAAGUCGGCCGAUUCCUCGGACUCCGGGCUGUAUGAAGCCGAGUGCAAGCGCCGCCGUGUGUCCCCCUACGUCUCCAGCGCUGAGAGCUCCCCGCCCAUCCGCAACGGGGAGCUCUAUGACAAAGAAGGAGGGGAUGGGGGCUAUUAUGGCUUCUAUGGCAACUGAAGUGGGAAGGCGGGAUAGAAACCUGUGAGGGAAACACGGGGUGGGGGCCUUCUCACCAUCCAGCUCUCCUCCGUUCAUAUCAGGGGUAACCUGUAAAAAGGAAAAUGGACAGCCCCCCUUCUUGGUUUGGGGGAAAGUUUCGCACCUUUAUGGGCACUGCCGGAAAUAAUGACGAUGGCAUAAAUGAAGCUGUAUGUAGUUGUAUCUCCCUGCCCUCCGCCCCUGUUCAGCCACUUCCAGGUGCUAGUCUGCUGGUGUUAAAACAUGCGCUCCCCUUUGCGGACAGAUGCCCGCAUGGUGGCGGCGAGUUCAGAUCUUGGGCUUGUGUUCAGACCCGAAGAGCUUUCACUCAUUUGUGCAGCAGUGCAGCCUGCGCUUGCCAGGGCAGCUUCCUGUCUCCGCUCCCGCCCACGUUUAGUUCUGGGGCUGUGUCACUGGGGAGAACGGAAGCAAAAUUUCUUAAGGGAUUCAAAGCCCAGGGAGAAAUUCGGAAAUAAAAAUCCAACUUUGGGUGGGAUGGGUUUUGAAAGCCACAUGGUGCUUGUCGGGUUAAAGUCAACCCUGAUCCAGCCAAGGAAAUCUGCGUACAGAAGCAGGCUUCGUUGUACUCCUCACUUGCUCAAUUGGGAAACACGGGAAAAACCAGAUGUGUGUCUGUAUGAGAUCGUCCCGCUGUGGUGCAUUGAUUAGACUGGGGUAGGCGUUCCAGUGUAUAUUUUGAGGGCAUAUCCCCUCCUGUGCUACUGCACACCUGUUCACACACUGACAUCACAUGAAACGAGAUCCAGAUUGAGAUGAUUACGUUCAUACUCUGGUUUCCCCAACAUGCCUGUUUGGGAUUCCUGGGUGGGGAGCAGCUAGAAAUCAGGGAAAUUUGCUUGAGAAAAAUUCUGCCCUUGAAACUCAUUGCAGUUCUGAGACUUCGUUUGCAAAAUCAGUAUCUUUUGGCCCACUUCAGAGAGGGACUGGGAACCUCGAGUAUGAAUCAGAUGCAAUUCAACACAGGCCAGAAUGCACAUUUGAGUUCUAAUUAUGUCUGUCCACACCACAUUGCAUUCAAUGUAAUGAGUAUGUGAAUGUGCAUUUAAAAGGCAUUCCCACACCCUCGCUCUGGAGUCGUGUGCAAUUAUCAUUAUAGGUGAUGAUACGUAGUUUGGGGCAAGAGAACUGCUACCCCUAAGGCAGCAGCCUGCGUUCACUUCAGCCAGAAAUCUGGGAUGUCACAGCCAUGCUCCCUUACAAUUGCUCUUGGGCCAUUCGUGGGUCGCCAUUUCUCAAGUAAACUGUGAAUUUCACACAUCUGAGAUAAAUACUCUGUUUUAAGCUCCCUGGGCUUGACAAGAGGGCGCUGGCUGCCUUCCCAUUCUCAGUUCAGCCCUAGAACAUGAAAACAAGCCAGCUCUGGAGUUCUUCAUCCCAGCCUAGCCAAUGGUUUGAAAACAUGUGAUAAUGCAAACCACCCAUUUUUGCUAACCAGUGCUUUUUUUUUCUUGAAAAAGAGCUACUGGAACUCACCAUGAACACCUCCCUCAUUCUCUUAUAAUGGCAAUAUGGCACCCAACUGAGUUCCGGCAAGUUCCACCUGGAAAACAGCCCCGCUAACUAACCAGCAUAUUCUCAGAUGGGCAUUUCCCAGCACUGCCUUUAGGCAGACUUGGAAAUGCUGAAACACCUUCCUCCAUCUCUUGGGAUUUCAAGAACCGGAAUUCAGGGUCCAAGAACAUGUGGAAAGAUUCCUGGGGAUCGAAGAAACAUCAGGGUGGGGGUGGGGAUAGCCCUGCAACAUGGACUCUCUUCAAACAGCGUCAGGCCUGGGCAAUACAGGAAGCGCUAGUGCCGUGAACAAAAGCAUCAAAAGCAACAACAGAACAGGCCCUAGGUGGGAUUUAUGCAGCACAAAGAUUUACCUGCCUUUUUCUCUCUCACCCCCCCCCCCUGCUUCCUACAUGCCAGACAACAGCCAUGAGCCCUCAAUGAAGGCCAGUGCCCCAAAUUAGUAAAUGGAACCAGCAGGGAUGGCAAACAUGUGGACAUCCAGAUAUUGCUUGACUACAAGUCCCACCCUCCCUGACCAUUGGCCACGGGCUGGGGCUGCUGGGAGUUGGGAGUCCGGCAACACCUGAAGAGCCAUAGGUUUCCUCAGCUCUGGUAUAAAGGGACAGGUUUCUCAGGUAGCCCUCUUGUGCCAGAUGUGGAGACGCCUACGCAGAGAGAUUGGAGGAGAAGUGAACUGGGGGGGAAACAACCUCUUGUACAGAGCCAUAGGGGGUUAUCCGUACAGAAAGCCCCUUGGCUAAUUUUUGUAGCAUUGUGCCUCGCUGUUUAGCUGUGUGUGCUGCAGAGCACACGCUUUGAUUUGGUGAGAUCCCCAAAGUGGAAGGCAAUUGCAAAGAAAGGGGCAAGUCAUCUGGGCAUCUUCGCAUGCAUGCCUCCCUAGAAAUAAAACAAGAGACACCAUACAUUUCAAUGGGGCAGGUCUACAAUGAAGAGUGGAUUGUGUCCAGAAUGGUCAUAUUUAAAGCCCUCCGUAAUUAGUUUUAUGGAAAGCAGGAGGCAAAGACAUAAGUUGUAUUUUUAUACUUCCACCUCCUCCUCUAAAGAGAUUUCCUCUCCCCCUUCCCUCCCUCAAAUCUUGGUGGUAUUUUAUAAUCCUGGAAAGACUUGAUGGUCAUUUGGUGAAGUGAAUUUUAAUUAUGCUAGACAAUCAAAUGGGACACUCUUUCCCCUUUUAAGCGCUCCCCGUGGCUCGGCAAACCCAGCUGAGUUUCUCGGAGGCGGAGGGGGGAGUUAGGCUCAGCUCUCCUAACUGUUUACACUCUUAAAACAACAAAAAAAUAUGUAGAUGUAAAAGACACAAUGGUCUUUGUGGUGUUUUGAGGUUCUCUCUUUUUUUAUUUUAUUUUUCAAGACAAC